AUGACGUGCCGGUGGCGUCACGAGUCCGCCAUCAUGAGAGUUAGCGAUUAUCAUCGCUGCAGAUCCUCGCACAAUCCGGUCGUACUGGACGGCGCUGACUCGCGACAGGUGAGCUCUUUUUGUCCGUCGAUACGUCCCGCGUGUCGGUUUUAUCGUUUCGCGCGCCCAUAAAAUACUAUACGGACCGCCGCGGUGAUCGAUCUCCCGCCGGACACCCGCGUCUUCUCGGAAUAUGUCACCCCUCUCCCCACCCCCAAAAUACCACCCACACCCCCGUCGCCACGGUCGGAGUUUUCUCUCCGGUAAAAUAAUCGCGCCGUUUUCACGCGUCUCGUCCGGCUAUCGUUCUUGUCGCCCUUAUUACGGUUUUCCGAUGAAAUGACCGUCGUCGUUUUUUGAUUCGUGAAUUGCGCCUUACGCAUAUGCAUUGUGCUCGGGGUCGUGGAGCGUUUCGAAACACUCGUUAAACGAUUCGAUUGAAAUGGCCAAUUCGUUCUGAAGAGCGAAACGAACGUUUAUUAUAACGUAGUUUCUCUAUUCAUUCUUAAAAAUAUAAACGAUAAUAGACGGUUCCUAUUAUACUUUUUUUUUUUUUUUUUUACCACGUAGUACGACUUUUAACGAACCUCCUGUUUAUUUUGCAAUUAUUGCUGUUUAAUAUAACAAUUGUAUCCACAAAGUAACUGCUAAAUAAAAAUUACGUAAAAAACUCACAAAAUUAAAAUGUCUAUAAAUAACUCAAAAAUAACUUAAAUGUUUUGAACAUUUUACCAAGUCCAGAAAAAACGAACGAAAGUAAAUAUUUCAAGUCUCUACAAAUGUUUUUAACGAAAUUACGAUAAAGAAACAAAAUUGAACAUUAUAAAAUAAUUAUUUUCGUACAUUUAACUGUUCUUUCACGAUUUUUUUCGGCAAAAAAUCAAAAAACCAAUUUCAUACUCGCCAAUUAAAAACACAAAAAAAAAGAUCUCGUUUUUUAUCAGAGUAAUAUCUUUCGUAGAAAAUAUAAGUCGUACGAAUUUUCAAUAGCAAAAUUGCUUCCAAACAAUAUUAGCAAGUUAUAUUUUAAUGUUGUUCUACAACUUUUCAAAUAUUAUGGAAUUUGCGUCAUUUCUUUCCUAUUUUUUUAAAAAAAUUUCCAUAAGCCUUAAACUAUACUACGUUUAUAUUAUUUAAAUACGUUUUACGUGAUUUCUGCAAGUUCAAUUACCUACAUUAUGUAUUUAUUAGGUAAUGUAAUAUUUUAUAAAAUGUACUAAGUUGUAACAGUGGUGUGUCUAGCGGAUAUACCUGGUAGGCCCAGGCCUACGCUUUGUUUGAAUCAUUACAUAUUAGUAGCUAAGUUGGUUUUUUUUUUUAAAUCAUACCAUGAUUUAAUUGUCAAAGAAAGGUAAUUUGUUAUUAUGAUAAAACGAAAAAGUUGAAUGUAACGUAAUUAUAAUACUGCGUAUCGAGUAACGUCUAAAGGGAGUUUAAUUCGAAGUUAGUUAAAUAUCAUACAAAGAUUGACGAGUUUGAUAAGUUGAAUGUAGAAGACUUCAGUUUCCUACUCAACUAAAUUUAUUUAAAUUGGAAAAAAAAUAAUUUUUUACAAUAAAGGUUUUUUAUAAUACCUACCGUAUUUUUACUCGUGAAUCAGAUGUCUGUUUUACAGUACGGUAAACGAAAACCAAAUGUGUUUUCACGCGACAAUCGUGUAUCUGUAGGCGCAAAAUCCGUUUUUAAAAUACACGCGACCGACCGUAUUUCCCGCGGACCGCGGGUCGUCGUGCCGAUACGGUUUAUGUCUCUGCGGAUGUUGCCGGUUCCAAUUUGUCGGUACGUAUAUUCGUUACCUAUAUUUGUUUUACGUGUCGCUGCGCGGUUAUGAACACGAUGGCAAAAAUAAAAUACCGCAAAUCGUUCGUUAAAUAGGUCACAAACGAAACGGAUUUCGUUAUUUUCGCAUACGCGCGGUUAGCGGACGAUUAGAUUGCCGACGGAUUAAUAUGAGGAAGACACAGUUUAUGUAAUAUUAUUGACUCGACGGAUUAAAACACGCGGAAUUUUACGUAUCGGUAAGUAUAACUGGCGCGAUCGGGCAUUUUAGAGACCGUUUAGGUCCCCAUCUCUGUCUAGGACGUCGCGUUGCCUGCGGCAGUUCGGCAUCCGGUUUCCAUCACGGUAUUCGUCCGAGUAAUCCAACCGAUCUCCAUCAUGCAUGCUCGCAUUAUAUUAUACACUGUUCUUCCACUUUCUCGUUUAUCCCCCAAUGCCAUUUUUCUUCGGUCCGGGGUUUCUUUUCGGCCCUUUAUAUUUCCUGUUCUAAAAUUCAUUUUUUUCAAAGCCUCUCACAAUAAUUCGCACGUAUAUUGCCGGUCAAAAUAUGUGUGUAUUUUGUGCAACCGCCCGUCCUUUAAUAAUUCAGAACUGUCUGAGAUUAGCGCGAGCACUGUCCCGGGGACACAAUGAAAGAAUAACUAUUAUACGAUAGGUAUUAUGAUUCGUAUAUUAUUAUUUUGUCUCGUGCGAUGUGUUUCGGUGUACGACGUUUUUUUCUUUUUUUUUCCUAUACCGAAUCACGCGUGCUGUUUUUUAGCAAACGGGAAGUCGGUGGCAGUGCAGCCUACAAACAGUAACGCACGGUAGACACAGUCGAGAUUAUCCGCGACGUCCCGGAGGCAUUUUGAGCGUAUUUUAUUAUAUUAUAGUGCACAUAUUAUAUCAGUUGACAAGAUCACGUCGUAUAUACGCGGGCGAUCGAUUCUCGAAAAGACACUCAUUAUAUCUAGGAAAACGUUAACUUUGUUCGAAAUUUGUUUUAAUAAAACAUUUAAGAAACAAGUAACUCUAACAUUUUAAAUUGUCCUUAUUUUUCUCAUUCUAAUUUUUAGGGGUAAAACGAUUAUAUACUUUUGAUUUUAAAAUAGCAACCAUUCUAUAAACAGAUGAAGUGUUAAUUAAAAAAUAUUUAGUUUUUGGAAACUCGUUGACGAGAUAUUCCACAUAUAAAUUUUGGUUGGCGGCAAGGCACGCGGUAUUUUAAUAGCGUUCCAGUAACCUCCCCCUACGUAAACUUAAAAACUGAACAUCUCGUCAACAGAUUAACGGUAAUCUAACACUAAAACGUGUUUAAACUAAAACUUCAUUUAUUUAUGGAAUUUUUAACAUAGGUGGGUUCAUAUUUGAAAAUAUAAAAUAGGUAGUCGUUACACCCCCGAAAAUAAAGAUGACAAAACCGAGAACGAUUUUAGAAUUUACACGAUUUCAAAAAAAAUGUUUAAUAAUACAUUUUAGAUUCUGAGCGGAGCGAGCGAGGAAUGUAUUGGUUUUACAACGAUAUUUAUUAUUUUUUUUUUACCUGUGAACAACUUUUCUACCAGCAAUUUUGCUCCGAUUUUCAAUUAUAGCACUUUUUCUGAAAGGAAAUCUGACUAGGAGAAGAGGGUAGUUUCAUUUUUUAAUUUUCCCAGAAGUUUUCUCAUAAAUGGGGAAAACCGAGGAAAAACGUGGGAAAACGGGAAAUAGAUACAAUUUUAAACAAAUAUAAUUAAAGAAAAAAAAUAUAAUGAAUACUAUGUAAUUGUUUUAUAUCACAACAUGGCAUACUAUACAUUAUAUUGUUGACAAAACAACAUUUUUAACCGAACUCCGCUCAGAAUCGUUUUUCGGUAGCAAUAGUCAAUCGAUACGUUAAAUUUCCCCUGUACCAUCCUGACUUCUCACCUAUACCGCAGUAGCCCACCCUAUCGUGCGAGGUGUGUCUGUAUCUUUUUUUUUAUUUUACCUAUUGAAAAAAUAAGCGUAUCGCGGGAAAUUCGACACGACGUUUAUAAUUAACCACGUACAUACUCUAUAACGCAUACUACACAUAAUACGGUAUACCUGCGGACAACGAAUUCACAUUUAUACGUAGUUAGUGACAUGCCCAGGAAUUAUAAAUGGGAGGGGGUGUAGCAAAUACGAAUCAUGAAUAAAUCAUAAAUUUGUCUUCUCUACCCAAAUUGGCUGUGGUGAAUGGUAAUUAAAAAGCCGAAUCCUAAAAUUAGGCCAAUUUCUAAUUAAUAUGUCGAGUUUUUCCUCGUAACUCGGCUGAACUUUAUGGAUUUCGACAUUAGAUUACUCAUAUUUUUUUUUGUAAUUCAAACCAAUGUGGGGAGGGAUAUAACCCCUAAUCUCCCCCCCCCCCCGCGCACGCCACUGUACUUAGUCAUUUGUUCAAAUGAACCGUCGUCUCCGUCCGUGUCGCCGCGUGUCGUCGUCGUCGCGGCCAGCUCCCGUUUCGCCGCCGUUUCAUUUCGGUAAUUUCUCCCCGACGAACCGCGGAGCCCACACCCCCCCUCCGCCACCGCCUGUAUGCGUAUUAGCUGUGGGAACCCCCGCGCGCGGUACCUAUUCGCGGGUACGCCGCCGUUGAAUAAUUUACACGUCAAACACGUAUCCGCGGCGCGGCCGUCGUUCGCAUAUAAAAUAAUAAAGCGAUUAUUUCCGUGUUUUUACGUCGCAUUGAAUUCCGCUCCCGUACCCGCGAUAUCGGAGAAAGCGCGCGACAAUAAUAAUAAUAAUAAUAAUAAUAAUAAUAUAACCUAUGGGCGCCCAUAUCGACCCGGACCCGGGGCACGGAAUCCGUUGCCGCCGCAUUAUAAUAAUCCGCCGCGGCGGCGGCGUUGGUGGCAGCGGCGGCGGCGGCGGCGGCGACGACGACGGAGGCGACGGACGCGGUGGCGGAGGCGGAAAGGGCCGUCGUGCAGCGCGCGUAUUAUAGUCGUCGACGUCGGUCGUCGGUCGAUAGAAAACAUGUGUCCUUUUUUCCAUACUGACGAUUUCCGACUGUGCCGCGCCGACGGGCGCACACGCACACGCGACGGCCGCCGACACGCCGGGUCGGGGGGCCCGCAGCUGGUUAAUGUUUAUCUAAUAAUACACACCGGGGCGCACGAGAAAAUACGCGGCCCGCGAGGCGCUUUCUCCCCCCCCCCCCCCCAACUCCUCACACCCCCACCAGCCCGCGUGUCGCGCCUUUGGUCGAUAAUUCAGUGGCGGCCGGUCAAACGGUUCCGUCGCGCGCGUGCACGGGACGCGGCGGACGAGCGACUGAUUUUUCCGACAAACCGUUUUGAAUUCGCGUCGUUUUUUUUCAUUUUUUUUUUUUUUUCCGCGCCCCCGGCGCAACAACGGUUUCUUCUCCUCGCCAAAAACCGCGCCGGGUCGCUGCGAAUCUCCCGGGAUCGUCGCCGUUCUGGUCGCGGCCGAUCGAACGCAAUAGUACGGGCGGUUACGUAACACGCAGUCUAAUGUUUCACGGACGGGAGGGAAAUUUUCCCCUGGCCGACGGACCUGUACUAAUUAACGGACGUCGCGAGAGACAUCGCGAGACGGUUUAGAGUGGGAGGGAAACGAGAGCGUUUGGGCCGUAGACUUAUUGCCGUUGGACAACGCGUCACUGCACGUGACGACACUGGCCACCUCUAGAGGCCACGGAAACGAUAAGUGAAUGAGAAAAUACAUAAUUUGUGACGACGUAUUAUCUCUCUCACUCUGUGUCGCCUCGACGGCCGUCGGGCAGGGCCGCCACUGCGCGUGUAUUAUGGCGUAUCCGAUAAAAUAUUUUCCGAGUUAAUUAACGGACCCCCUUAUCAAAUCGCUCCCGAUUUGUUUAAUAAAAAAAAAAAAUGCAUUUACCGGUAACAGAAAUUUAUCUCUACGACCGUACGCGUAUACCAACUGCAGUCAUUGAAUUCUGUUCGGUCGCGUGAUGCGUACGCCUACGUGAAUCUAAUUUUACUUAUGAAAAAGUUUUUACAGACGUCUCGCACAUCAGCGUGUUUUUAUUGUUAGUGUUUAUUUAUUUUAUUAUUAUUUUUUUUUUCUUGUAUCGCCGGUUUAAAACGCAAGUACAUGCCAGAGUUACACGUUUUCACGGGGUUAUGAAUAAUAACAAAAAAUGUCAAAUCUCUUUCAAAGUUUCAACUUUUUUUUUUUUUUUUGUACACAUUACACCGUUGAAAUAUUAUUUUCAAUAAUAAAAAAAUAAAGUAAAAACAAAAUUAUUAAAAUGGUUAAUACUCGUGAAUAAAUAUAUAAAUAAAAAAUGUUUUUAUAAAAAUAUGACAAAUCAAUGAAUCAAUGCGUCGCCUGAAGUAUUAUGAUAAGUGUAUUAUACGAGUCGCGUUUUACAUUUUGACUGUGAUAUACCUGAUGAUGAAUUUUUGAUUCGAAACCGGUCGUAUAAUAUACUUAUCAUAAUACUCCAGGUGACGCAUUGAUUCAUUUAUUUAUUAUAUUUUUAUAUAUUAAUGUUUUAUUUCUAUAUUUAUUUACUUUAUAUAUUAUUUUCAUUUGACAAAACAUAUUUUAUCUAAUGCCGAGUUUCUAUCAAAAUACCGAAAUCGAUCGAUAUUAAGGAUAUCGGGUUUUUUCAAAACCGAUAUUUGACCCGAUACUUUGGAAAAAAUAUCUUACAUCUAAUGUCAUUUAAAUGUUUCCAGAAUACCGACAAAGCGUUAAAAAUCCAGUGUUCAACCGAUAUAUUGGUUGAUUUCAAUACCAAUUCGUGCUUUUCGAUUUUAAAUAUCAGAUCGAGUAUCAAGUUUUAUAUCGAUAGUAACUAUCGAAAUAUCGGGUAUCGGAAAAAAGUCAUAUCGGCUCACCACUAGUUUUACCUCUAAAGCUGAAAAUAGACUAUUCUCAUGUCACGUGAGCUCACGUGCUAUCCUACGUUAUCCUAUCGUGGGGAAAGAAAUGUACGAUAUAAAUCUAAAUAGUAUUUGAAUUUAUCAGAACCACACUAACGUCAUGUCAUUCAUGUCACAUCAUGAUGGCAUGUUUUUAUUCUAAAACAUUAUAUAAAUUGAUGACUUGACUGCUCCAAAAAUAGUAUAUUACGUACGUCGAAUUUCGAUUACUUCAAUGUUCUAAUGCUGUUAAUUUAAUAAGUUGUUACUGGUUAAAAUUAAAUGAAACUGAGUUAAAUUACAAGUAUAUAUCUUGAUAAAAAAAUGAAAAUAUUAAAAAAAUCAUUCGUAGCAACUAUAUAUUCUUCUUCAUAAAAUUAUUAAAAUUAAUAAUUGGUCCCUUUGACAUAAACUCAACCAGAGAGUCGUAAUCUUGAAAGUGGAAGUUGACUACUCAGUUGACUAGUCAAAGCUAUAUAGUAAUAUAGCUUUGAUAUGCCAAAUGCACAACUGUAAUAUCGGAUUUGCUGUUUAUGUCGUUUAUAAGUUAUAACAAUUUAAUAUUUAAACCGGAAGAGUAGGAAAUGUUAAUAAGCUUCAUAUCCAUUUUUAUAUGAUUAACUGAUAUGAGUACCUACCAACCUCUACUGUUCCGGCCGAAACCUAAAUAUUUUUAGAUUCCGAAAGAAGUGAGGAAUAUAUUGGUUUACAAUGAUGUUUAUUUUUUCUUUAUAUUAUUUCUUUUUUCUAUGUGAACAUAUUUUUUACCAGAAAGCUUAAUGUGAUUACCAAUUAUAAUACUUUUUCUAAAAGGAAAUGUUCUCUGAGUAGUACUUUGAAGACGUAAUUUUCUUAAAUUCCCAUUAAUAUUCGAGAUAAUGAAGAAAACCUGAUUUUUUAGGUUAAAAAAUUGUAUAAGAUUAAAAAUAAGGUUGACAUUGGCAACCAUAAUUAUUUAUUUUUUGUUAUUAUUAAGUUUUUAAUAUUUUUUAAACAAUCAUUGUUGUUAUCAUUUUACCAUAUAAUGACAUAUAUAUUGUUGAAAAUGCAAAACUAUCAACUUAAUUUCGCUCAGAGUCGUUUACCGUUACUUAUAGAUAUACAUUAAAUUCCCGUCUGCCUUCUACUUUCCCAAGUUAUCACCUGCAACAGUGGCUGCACCCACGUGCGUAGUAUUUCCGUCUUUUUUCAAAUUUCUAACUCAUUAAAAGUAAAUUCGAUAUUGGUGUUAUGCAUUCAAAAUUUAAAAAAAACGAUAUUAUCUUUUUGACUCAAGUUUAAAAUAGAGGGUCCUGUAUAAAACUCAAAAAUGCAUACCUACUGAUUUAAAGUAUAUGAAUAAAAAAAGGUUAGACAAUGGAGUCAGGUGCAGCCACUGGUAUAGGUGGGAAGUUGGAAUGGUAGGAUACAGACAGGAAUUUAAUGUAUAUCUGUAAGCAACGAUAAACCAUUGCUAACGAAAAAAUAAUUCUGAGCGGAGUUCAAUUGAUAAUGAUGCUUUGUCAAAUAUAUAUAUAUGCCAUAUUAUAUUAAAAUAAUUAAAUAGGCUCUAUAUAUUUUCUUUAAUAAUAUUUGUUUAAUGUUGUUCGAUUUUCUCGGUUUUCUAACGUUUUUCCCGGUUUUCCCAUGUUUUUCUCAGUUUUUCAAAUUUUCUGAGAAAACACCGGAGAAAAUCCAAAAAUAACCUCUCUAAGGUACCUCCCCAUACCGAACCUAACCUUUUAGUCACUACAUGUAAAAAUCAAAGUAAGUCUUCUGGUAGAAAAGUUGUCCACAGAAAAAAAAAAUAAACAUCUUUGUAAAAUCAUAAGCUUCUUCUCUCUACUCGAAAUCUAAAAAUUGAAAAUCGUGUUAAAAUAAAACUUAAACGAUUCUAUGAUUGAAAAACCAAAAUUCGCGAAUUCACUUAAAAUAUUCAGAGAAAAUCGCUGGUUUAAGAUAUAUGAAUAACCCUGUAUAGUGUAUAUUAUAUUGGUUAAUUUUUGAUAAGAGACGAUCGAGAAAUAUUAUAUCUCCUCUUGCUCAAUAUAUUUCUAACAAUUGUUUAGUAUGGGGUGGAUAGGUAAAGGUACUUCUGAAGCAGGUCUGUCUAGUAUAACGAACAAAUUUAGAAUUAUGAUCAUAAAUUUAUAUUAUUAUACAGAUGUUAUAAUGCAAACACACUAUGAACAUAUUUAAUUUCGAAACUGUAUUUAUAAUUUUACUUAAUAUUAUAAAAUACUAGUUAAAAAGUUCAUUAAAAAAAAAAUUAUAAUAAAAAAAUGUAAUUAAAAAACAAGCUUUUACGGCAGUUUUGCUGAGCGAAGUUGUAUAUAUAGUCGAUUAUUGUUAAUAUGGCGCUGCAUUUGUGUAACGUAAUAAAUAAACAAUAACGCACUGUAAAUGACAUUCUAUGAAAAAGUAUAACAUUAUUAAAACUUUUUUUUAUGAUUAUUAUUAUUUUGUUAAACGUUAUCAAAAGCAUUUAAUUUCCGUAGGUACGUAUGUGCCAUAAAUGUGUACGCAGGUAUACGGUAUGUACACGUCGCUUUGUUAUUACACAUUUCUAAAAUAGGUUUCGUCUGGAGUUGACAUAUUAUUAUGCUUUAUUCGUGUAUAUUAUGUUAAUUGGAUUUUCACUUGAUAGAAAUAUUAUUAUGUUGUGGUCUAGAUGUGCUGCUUUGAUCUUUUACCUGACAUCUAUAAACACGAUGCAUACCUGAGUACUGAAACAGUUGACCUCCGAAAUAAUAAUAAAUACAAUUCUUUAUUCGUUGACGAACAGGUAGAACUAACUUAUACGUUGUAUUUAAUUCCGUCGAAAAAAAUAUAACACAGUGAAAAGCUGAGUUUAAUUUAAUUUUUUUUUUUCGAUUUUAAAUACUUACGAAUAUUACCGUGAUAUAUUACCGUCUCGUAAAUGUGAUAAUUCUUUAUGACAAAUUGACUCGGUCGUUGCAUUUUAUUGAUCUUAUGUUGGCUUAAAUGUAUUGCGUGUAAAACGGCCGUCAAUCCUAGUUUAUUUUAUUUUACGCCUUUGCCAUAAACUAAUGAGAACGAAAAAUAUUAUAUUCAAUAUAAUGUAAAUUUACCUAUAUUUGAUGUCUUAAAACCGCAAAUUCUCCCGAUUCUAUCUAGCUGUUGCAAUAUUUUCGGUCUGAUAAUAUAAUCUAACCGUACAGUCUUGUUCUACGAAUUACAGAUCUUUUUUAAUUUUAAAAUGUGUGCUUUUACUCUAAAACCAAAAUUAAAUGAAUUCUACUCUGUCUAUGCGGAUUUCUUACUAUAUUUGCGUAAAGAUAUUUUUGCUUUAUUCCCUAAGGUAUUGCUAAUAAAACAUUAUGUGUAUAUUAUUUCAGCCAAUGGAACCGAAAAUUAUAAAAGAAGAAACGAUCGAACGCGAUUGCGGUAUUCUAGACGAAUCCAUCACUAUAAACAACAAUAAUAUCAAGGAAUCUGCAUUCAGAAUACACACUCGUAAGUAUAUACUUUUAAAUUCACUUUAAAUCGAUAUAACUCUCGAUUUCGACAGUAUAGUUAUUGACAUUAACUAUAUUAAUAGGUAUUGAUAUUUUAAAAUUAUUAUUUAUUGGAAAAAAAUUGAACUACGCUAUUAAGUAAUAGUAAAUAGUAAUAGUAUACGCCAGAUGCAAUAAUUUAUAUAUUUACAUGCUUUAUUUAAAAAUGAUACUUAUAUCUCUUUUCAAGUCGAUAAAUUCGUAAUCUAUACUUACAACCUACCUAUUAGGUAACAUUUUUUAGAAUCUGAGCAAAGUAGUAAAACCAUACUCAGUAGCAAUACUCACUUUGUUCAGAAUCUAAAAAUAAGGACAGAAUAUAAUAUAAUGGCUAUGCAUUUUUAAAAUAUCCAGUCAACUACAUUUACAAUAUUUGCUAUUUUGGAUAUUUUAAAUAAAACACAUACAUUUAAAUUGUUUAGGAUUUUACACAUAAUCACACUAUAUUAUACUAGGUUCCACUAGGUAUACCUAAUCCUUCCAAAAUUGUACAUGGAAUUAUAGUUUAUAGUACAAAAUACGUUUAGAAACCAGGAAUUAUACACGCUCGCUUAUUGCUAUCGUAAUUUAUACACCUACGUCGUCCUGCGUAUUUUAAGUUCUAAUUUUAAUGGAAAUAAUAAAAAUAACGUCAUUUUGCGAAAUAUUUUUCGAUUUAUGUGAUUAUAAUUGUUUGGUCAAACCAAAAAUGUUGAACAUUUAAUACGAGGUUCUUCAGAAGUUGUAAUCGAAGGUAAAAAAAAGUUGAGUGUAGUGUAGUAGGUUUUUUUAUAGACAUUUUUUAAAUAAAAAAUUUGACAAAAAUCAUAAAAAUCAAGAUAUUUCAAACAAAAUGUUAACCGAAAUUCGCUCAGAAUUAUAUUUUUGAUAUAUGCAUUGUAUAAUUAUAGAUAUAAGUGUAUGAUUUUAUAAUUUUUAUAAUUUAGUAACACUUGUAUAGAGUGUGCCAUUAGGCAUUAAGAACGCUGAAUUUAAAUUGCCCGGUAUUUUUCGUUUUGUGUGUUGGCUGAUCUGUUACCAUUAUCAUCUAUAAACUUUCGCAAUGAAACGCUGUGAAGGUUUUAUCGAUUUAUUUUUGUUUUAUUGAUUUAUUUUUAUUGUUUCUAACUUUUUGUUUGUAACUAUGGUACGACUAACUAUUCAAGAACGCGUUUUGGUUGUUAAGAAUUUUUAUCGCCAUAAUGAAAGUUAUGCCGAAACAGUGCACCAUCUGAGACGGAUCGUGGGUCGAAGUGAGGCUCCUAAUGAGUCAACAGUCGAUUGAUUGUUAGUCAAAUUCAAUGAAACUAAACUAAACCAAAACGCGUUCUUGAAUAGUUAGUCGCACCAUGGUUACAAACAAAAGGUUAUAAACAAUAAAAAUAAAUCAAUAAAACAAAAUUAAUCGAUAAAACCUUCACAGCGUUUCAUUUCGGAGAGUUUAUAGAUAAUAAUGAUAAGAAAAACAUUUCAGCCAACACAUAAAACAAGAAAUACAGGGCAAUUUGUGUCCGGCGUUCUUAAUGGGACGGGGGUACAAGGACACUCUACAUUAAUUACUUUAAAUAAUACGUAUGAUUAUAUAACCUAUUAUAACUGUUCUAAAUGAAUAUAUAUAUAAGUAGUAUUUGAAAUUUAGUAAUUGGUUAUUAUAUUCUAUAUUCGCUUGCGAAAUCUCUAGAAAAUGUUCCGUUUAAUAAUGCGUUUAUAAUACAAUAAAAUACCUAUCGAUUAUGUUAUUGCUAUUUUUCCGCCCUACAUCACUGUGAUAUUUUUUUUCUGAUGUUGAAUUUUCGCUUAAACCGUUCAUAAUAAAAUUAAAAUCUAAUUAUAGAGGUACUUACAACUUCACAUAUAAUUAUUUUAAAUCAUAGCAUAUAAUAAUAUAUACAUUAUAUGUGCUUUUAGAUUUUGAGCGGAGCAAGAAAUUUAUUAGUUUUACUAAGACGUUUUUUAUUUGAUGUAUGUGUAAACAACUUUUCUAUCAGAAAUCUUGCUCCAAUCAAAAACUUUAUAGAAACUUUUUUGUGCAUUAAAGAAGUUAAUUUUUAUUUUCCUUAAUAGUUUACAAAAUGGAAAAAACUGACAAUUUUGUGUAUAAUUUUGCUGGUUUCUGAGUAACCUUGUGUCGUUUUUUUUUCACUCGUUACAGUGAAAAAAUAUGACUUAAAGCACUCUUCUCAGAAUCGUUUUUCGUAAGGUUAGGUCGUGUAUUUUAUUGUGCGCAAUAGUUUAUCGUUGCGUACAUAAUAUAGAAAUAAAAUAGAAUUAAUCUAUAUACCCUCCUUUCCAACUUCCCUCCUAUAACAGUGGCACACCCAUUAGUCGUAUCGGCUAAUUUUUUUUUUAAAUUUACUUAUUUUCUAUUGUAUUUUUGCUUAAUAUCGCGUUUAUACACUUCUGGUGGUACACACUGGUAUAUAUUGAUGGUAAUCACUGUAAACUUAAUUGAUAUUGAACUUUUUUUUCUAAGUGGGUUUUAUAAUCGUUUAUAAUAUAGUCUAGUAGGUACCUAUUUUGAAUUUUAAUUAACGAAAACAUUAAUUAAAACUGAUGCAAAUUAUCAUAUGCGGUUCGAUUACUAUAAUAUUAAAAUAUAUUAUUAUACUCUGCAUUUAUUGUUUUUGACAUAGCGUCGUUAUAUUUUAUUAAUUAUUGAGUUUUAAUUUAUUUAAAUUGACAAAUACCAAAAUAACUAUGGGGAUUUCAAUUAGAAAAAAAAAAUAAUAAAUGCCUGUUAGGCGGAAUAUAUUGAUAAGCAAUAUAUAGGUAUAGGUACCAUAGAAAUAUUAUACAAACACCGCAUUGAUUGAUCGAAGGUUUCAAUUACUCCUGCGCACGAUUGGCUAUCGUGUAAAUAACCGUGUUCUUUCAGUAUAAUGCAGAUAUUAUUUUAUUAUUUUAUAAAAUAAAAGCUGCACACAUGUUGGCUUUUAAAAUUUUUAGAUGAAAUUUUUAAAUUCUCAGGAAUAAAAUAAAUGUUCGCAUAAUUUGAUCGGUACCUAAAUUACUAUAAUUGACGCGAAGGGUUUUAUUGCGUUUCGAAUAUUAUAUAUACGAGUAUGCGUGUGGCAAAGUGCAAUUAAAUUAUAACACACUGAUAAAUUAAUAUAAUUGUCGUAAAAUUCGUUUGGGGGAGGGGGAGAAUGCUCUAAAUGAACGCGUAUACUGCAGAAUGGCAUACACUGUCAUUAUUAUGCUGCUAUCGGCGUUUUAUUUUAUAUAAAAUCGUAAUUGAUAGUCUCUGUGAUCUCUAAAUCUUAGUCCAUACGAUGAUAGUUGCUAUCGAGAUAGUCGCAAAAUUCACUAUAAUAUGACGGUGACUACCAUAAAGAACGUCGUAAGAACAGGGCGUUAAUAAUUAUUAAACGAUCGUGAUAGCUAAUAGCUACUAUGACCCUAUCACGCAUGCAUGAUAAUUUAUAACUCCUAUUUUUGAAAUCGAUAGUAAAUGUGUCCAUGGUGCCGUUCCGUUUUACUGUCGUAACUAUCGUUAUGCGCACUUAAAUUUCGAGAUAAUAUUGAAAAGUAUACCCACCGAACAAGCAUUUUACGUUUUUAUAAGAAAAAACAGUGUGAAAAUUAAGUGUCAAGUUUUGUUAUAAGAAAAAUAAAAUAAUGAUAAUAAACAAAAUAUUAUAUUAUAAGGGAAAUUGAAGCGGGCACGUCUGUUACACGCGCAUACGCAUACCCCCUGCCCGCCGACACCUGCGAUUGACGUUCUUUAGUAAAAUAUGGCGCCAUUCUUGGUCUCCUUCCAAUAACUUUCGCGCCACCACCUCUCUCUCGCAUUUAUUAAAACCCAAAAUUUAUUAUAAUGUUCGGCCGAUUGUAAACCCUUUUUUUUCCCCUUAUAACCAGGCGUCUAGUAUAUACACCACCUCCUCCGCCACGUCACCGUCGUCACCGUCAUACGCCACCUCCGCCGCCGUCGUUUCACGUGCCAAAUAUGAUUUAUUUGAAAUCCAUAAAGGCUUACGCCCCCGCUAAUCUCCGCCUACACCUACACUGUGUAGGUAGUGGCAGUGGCGGCUCGUGAACCUUGUAAGUGGUGAGGCAAAUGUUUUAAAAAUUAAGACGGAAUGGGAUAUUAAUGUAAUAAUAAAUACACGGAGGGACAAAUAUAAUAUUAACAGAAAUAUAAAACUAGAUGCCAUUAGAGUUAUUAAUUGUUAAUUUUAGGCUUUAUUUAUUAAUAUUUUUUUUUUUUUGAAAAUUUAAUAUAAAUAUUAUUCUGAUACCAAUGAAUAGGUACUGUAUUUUGAACGAACUCUAUUUUAAAUAUUGAAAGAUGGCAUUUAUACAAAACCAAGUAUAUUUUUUAUAAAAUUGAAAAUAAUGCCUAAUUUACCUUUUCUGGUGAACUUCCAAUAUAUUCCACUUAGUGGUGGAUGACGACGAAAAGUGGCACGUACUAGGCUAUAUAGUGAGUGGUACUAUGAUAUCAGUAGUGGCGAUCUCAGUGGUAGCCGACAGUAACGCUACAGCAUCGGUAAGAGCGGUAAAGAAAAAGAGAUAAUACUACUGCUGACGGGUGUUCCACUGUUGUAGGUGAGAAGUUGGGAAUAUAAGAUAUAUAAAAAUCUCUGAUUAAUAUCUGUACGUAACGAUCAAACGAUGCUAACAAAAACCAAAAAUAUCACGAUUUUUACAAUUUUCGUCAAAAUUUUAUCGUGAAACGCUUAUGAAAAAAACUACAACAUUAGGCGGUUUUUUUUUUACCACCAAUUAAAACUUAAAAUAAAUAUAAUAUAACUAAUAAAACUUAUAAUAAACUUAAAACCCUCGUGUUAAAUUUCCAAAAAUGUCUGUCUGGCCACGACAAUUUUAUUUACAUAAAUCUAAAAAAAAAAAAAAAAAUGUAAAAUGUCUAAAAAAGGCAAAUAUUGCGAAUUUCAAUUCUCGACGAAUAUUACUUACUUAACUUAUACUUUAUUUUUCUAUAUUAACACAGUCGGAAGAGUAUACUCAGACCAGACCCUUCUGUUUCACAGCGUGUUUCACGAAAAUACGCCGUUGCGAUAUCUCGGAAAGUAUUAACUUCUUUCGGAAGUUUUAUUUUUAUUUUUUAUUUAACAACUUAAAAAACCAGCCGCUUUAAAAUGUUACAUUAUUUUGAUUUCUUGUCGCCCCUGAAGAAACGUUACCGUGUAAUUGUGAUUUUCGAAUAACAAAAAAACGAAAAUUCCGAAAAAAGUUGUUGUACACUCCGAGAGACCGCAACGGGUGUGCUAUCUGUCGCGAGACGCCCUGUAGGUAUACGCAGUUCCAAAGCCGGCGUCUUCUGUUCGUACCGUUCGCGAUCUCGACGGUGUCACGCCGCAAUACGGUCGAGUGGUGUCUCGUCCGAUGACACUUCGAGAGUGCCGCGCGCCCGUGCAGUUUCGCGAGAGCUAACGCGACUCUCCGGGAACGCGUUGUUUUCGGUUAGGUGCAUGGGGAACUCGCGGCGGGCAAUCGUUUACCGCUCGCGGGCAACAAUUUUAAUUAAUUAAAGUUUUACACAAUGACGGGCCGCUGCCGGUCGUUAUUCGAGAGAGUUCCGUAAUAACGCGCCGGUUAGGAGGUAGGCGUAUUCGUGUUGUACUAUUGUUAUAAUUGCACGCCGAUCGAUUAUUAUUAUUAAUUAUUACGCGUGCCGGUCGACAAACGUACAAUAUAAUAUAAUAUAAUUACGCGAAAAAAAACAAUAAAAAAUAUUUAAAAUAAUUAACCGGUCCCGCGCGGGAAUAAAUGUUAAACGUUCGGCGUGCGCGCGUCGCGAUCGUCGCGCCGCGGUGUUUUCCUCCGCCAGUCCCGCGCGCGGGGAGGGGGGAGGGGAAACGCGGCACGCGCGCAUUAGCCGGUCGGCGGACGGGGGGAGGGAGGGGGGGGGGGGUAAGCUGUUCGGCGCGGCGGACGCGGGGCGCGGAAUACGGCGGCGGCUGGCCGAACGCCAGAGGGUCUGCCGCUUGGCGAAUAAUCAAUUCGCUAUUUAGAUGACACUCGACAAACCGUCGAGUUCCAAAAUAUUAAAUACAUACACUGCGCCGCCCAGCUCCGCCGACCCGUUUCCCCGUCCGCCGCCGCCGCCGCCGCCACCGCGACCGCACGGCGACGGCUUUAUACCUACCCCGCGGUCGCAUUUCCCGCCGCCGCCCCGCCGCCGUCACUCCGCCGAGACGUGUUUAAUCUUGAUAGAUGACUAUACGAUAUUUAUAUACGUAUACAUAUUCGCCGUAUACGUCACGUACACGUACAAAUAUAUUAUACUAAUAUGUCGCACCCCGGUAUAACGUAUUUCGCGGGCCAGAGUGUCUCCUUGUGUUUUAUUUAUUUAAUUUUGUUUUUUUUUUUUUUCGUAAAUUCCGCCGGGCACGCGGUGUUCAGCGCGCGCGGAUAUGGAAUGCGCGGCGGUCACCGGGCGCGCAGGGCUGAAUCAAGGGGGAGGGGGCGCUUAGGAGGCUACCCCGGGGUCGCGAGUACAAGAGAGCCGCAAGGCCGCACGAUGUGUGUUUGUUUGUUUUUUUUUUUUUUUUUUCAUUACUUUUUAUCUUUUUUCGCUUAUCGGCCCCGGGCCCCGAUAACCAUCAAUCCCACCCUGCAGACGUGUCUGCGAGAUAAGGGCUCGAGGUCAAGCGUUAAAUUGAUUGUGUAGUUUAAAACGUUUUCCACGGGCAAUUCCCGGCCCCCGUUCCCGAAAUCGGUUUCCGUGUAUUUCGUAGUGGUAUAGUGAUGGAGGGUGUAUACAAGCUGUCCCACGAAGAUAUACCCCUUGAAUAAAGAUAAUCAAAUUUUGAUCCUCUUUGUAUUAUUCACAAGUAUGAGAACUAUAAAUAUUUAUUUUUGAAUUCAUUUUAUCUAGAGAAUAACCUAAUCGCGUUACCCGAUAACAUCGGUUUUCACGCGGAUUAGUAGAAUUUAAAACGGUUGUUACUUAGAAACUAUUCAUCGGAUAUAAAUGUGUACAACACAUUCAAAUUUCAGAAAAUAAACUCUACAAAAUGACUAUCUUAAAAUUUUCCGAAAAUAAUAAAAAUAAAAAUUUGUAGUCCUCAUCCCUGUGAGUAAUAUAAAAAAAAAAAAUCGAAAUUUGAUUAUUUUUAUUUUCUCCGGAGAUAUUCAAAGGGUAUAUCUUCAUAGGACAGCCUGCAUAUUUGGAACCGAGUGAUUCGCGUAAAACACGGGCGGGUUGUGGAUGCCUGGGUGUUCAGAAAUGUAACAAAAAUUUGAUAAAUUUCAAUAAUGACUCCCAAGAAAACUCGGUUUUCAUCGCUGAUUUGUAGAUUUCGGGGUAUUUUUGGGUAGGGUUGGGUGGAAAUUAAAUCGACGAUUCGAGGUGAAAAUACUUUGCGCCACCACCCUUUAUGCGGUUCACGCAAACGGUCGUGUUUUCGAAAAUUCGUCUAUCAGAAAGAUUAUACAUAUCAUAUUCAACACUGCCGACAAACGAAAAUAAUACAACCCGCGGUUAUUCGUAAAUUGAAUAAAAUUUUAAAAAAAAAUCGCUAAAAUAAACUUUUUUAAUUGCGAUGUUUAAUGCGGAUUUCAGUAUACCUAUCCAAUAAAUCACUCUAUAUUAGAAAACAAAUUGUUGGGCAUACUAGAAAUAUUUGGAUAUAGGGUAAUUUAUAAUAAUUUGGAAAGCGGUAUAAUAUGAAUAUACAAAUAACUAUAGGUACCUUCACAAUUACCACCUACAACAGUGGCCCACGCAUUGUGAAAUGUACGUUCGGCUUGUUCCAUAUUAUGUAUUUAUUUUAGUAAAAUGUAUUAUUAUACAUUCGACUACCUGUAUCGGCAUUUUUACAAUUCAUUUAUUUUUUUUGUACCAUUAAUACUAAUACAAUAGUCAUUCAGAAAUAAUACCUAAUUAAUCUAAUUUUUAUUCCAUCAUUAACAAAAUUGUAUCAAUAACGUAAAUAACUAGAUAGAGUUAACAUAAUUUAAAAAUACUUUGUAAAAAAAAAAAAAAAUGAUGAUCUAGUUUUUGAACAAUUAAUUUUUUUUUUCAUUUGUACAUUCCGUGAUUUAUAAAGCCAUUUUUAGCAUACCAUAGUGUAAUAAUAAAUUACACGCAUAUUUCAUUAGUUAAAAUGUUUGUUUGAUCAGUCAAGCGAUAUUAAUUAUUACAUUCGCCAGUGUCAUGGUAAAAUGAUUAGUCAUUACCUAUAUUAAUAUUUUUAACGGACGAAAUAAUAUUGUUGGACUAAGCGCAAGUUUUUUUUUUUUUUUUUUUUACUGGGACCAACUGAAGGGUUUUAGCUCUUUAUUGUAACUGAUUUUUCAAGAGAGAAAAAUUAAUUUUUCUGGUACUAGAAAGUUCAAAAACCGUUGCACUUAUUCCAUUUAAAUAUCUACUUAUAAAAACUAUUAUGUAUAGAGACAGUUAUUCAUUGGACAAAUAUUAAUAUUAUUACUCGUAUAAUACUAACGCUUCAGUACAUUUUUAUUGGUUAUUCAAAAAAUAGACAGGUUUUAUCAAAAAUGUGUUUCACAACCAAUCUAUUCUGCAUUGUAGGUAAAAUAUUAGAAAUACAAAUCAAUUGAUCAAUAUUUAAAAAUCGUAAUAAAUUAUUUCUUAUGAUUUUUUUCCCCGCCUUUUUUUCAUCAAUCCAAAAACUUAUGUCGAUAGUGGUGAACGUAUAAUGUACGCGAUAAUUCAGAAUUGGACGAAUAAUUGAGAUGUAUAUUGUAUAGUUUUGCUCCUGUAUAACUCUAUAGGUUAUAUUAAUCGAAUUUGUACAGUUGUUACAUCUGCCUAUACACAUUUUUACUUUAACUAUAUUGUUUUAACUACAAUGAUUUAAAAUAUAUUUUAACUGUAAUUUUGCAAUAAACGAUGGCAGCAGUGGGGGAAGUAUUGUAAAAACAGAUCCCCUACUGUUGUCGAUUUAAACAUGAAAAAAAAGCUGAUACUAGGGACGGAUGUGCCACUGUUGUAGAUGAAUGUUUGGGAAGGUAGAAUACAUACAAUUAUUUAAUUUAUAUCUGUAAGCAACGACAAACCAUUGCUAAAAAAAAUGACUCUGAGCAAAGUUCGGUUAUACAUGUUUUUUAAAAGUCGUAAUAGUUACGCUUUCCGUCAAAAUUUAAUAUUAAACUCUAAUAAAAUAAUACUACAAUCAAAUUUUUUUUAUUUUGACCACUGAGUACAUUUCAUAAUGAACUUCCUGUUAAAUGUUCAAGUAGUUUUGUUUUGUCAGGAAAUUUUAUCCUCAAAGUACCUACCAAAAAAAAAUUAGGUAAAAAACUCGCAAAUAUAAUAUGCCUUAAAUGAAUAACUUAGAAAAAACCAAAAGAUGAAAAAAACGUAAAAAGAAAGGGAAAAUUUACGAAAAUAACACUUUUUUAUUUUCAAUUAUGUUUUAUUGUUGUAAUUCAGCUAAAGUUCACCCAAGAUUACUUUACCAUACCAAUCCAUUAAUCUCUAGUCAACACACGAAUACUAUUCCAGGUAAUCCCACACUCGUCUUAAAAGACGUUAGUAUCGUGAUCUUUUAAAUUGAAUAGUCGUCAAUGUCCGAGGUUUUAGCUUGAUAUCUCUCUUUUAGGGUCCUAUUACUGGAUAGCUUCCCAACUCCUAGGUCCAAGAUUUUUCUCUUUUAUUCUGAUCCCAUAGGCUUUGUGUUCAAUGUACAUAUUGUAAAUGUAUGUUUUAAAUUUUUAGUGGAGCCAGGAAUGUAUUGGUUUUACAAUGAUGUAUAUUUUUUGUUUUUUAUGUGAACUACACAUUACUGUAAUCAUUUCACCAUAAUAUGACAUAGGUAUAUAUUGUUGACAAAGCAACACUAUCAACUGAACUCCGCUCAGAAUCGUUUUUCGUUAGCAAUGAUUUAUCGUUGCUUAUACAGAUAUACGUUAGACAUAUACAUAGACAUUUUAAUUUUGCGUAAUUUUUAUUUAGUAGGCGCUCUGUGGAUAAAAUUGUUUGACUAAAUAGAAAUGCUUGAAAAUUUAACCGAAGAUUAAUUAUAAGUUGUACUUAAAGGUCAACUAGAAAAAGUUGAGUUUAAUAAAGUUCUGUUUUACGAAAAUCAUAAAUAUUACGGCCUUUCAAAACAUGUGUAAUCGAACUUUACUCUGAUUUGUUUUUCGUUAGCAAUGGUUUAUCGUUUCGUGCAGAUAUAAAUAAAAUAACUUUAUGUAUCCUAACAUCCCAACUUCCUACCUACAACAGUAGCACACCCAUCCCCAGUAUCAGCUCUUUUUUUAAAUUCAAUUACAGUAUGAAUAUAUGCAGUGCCGUGUCUAGCACAAUGAGCAUCUGGUACCAGAAAAAAUUACCGAGAAGCAAAAAACUAAAGCUUUAAGGAUAAACUUUAAGAAAUUAAAGAAUUUUCAAAGGCAAGCCACAGAAAGUGAGCACCUUUCGCACUUUCUUGGACACGGCCCUGAAUAUAAGUAAUUAUUGACAAUAGUAUUAAAAGAAAUCGGAAAUUGCGUAACGCAAGAUAUUAAAAUCGAUAUAUUUUAUAUAGACAGAAAAAAAGAAAAAAACUUUGACUAGAAAAAUAUAAACUAAUAGUUUAUUAGUGUAAAAUCUGAUUUCAUCAAAAGUAAAAAAAUUUAGUCGUAUGAAUGUAUAAAUAAAGUAAGCGAACGAUUUGGAUUUGUAUCUAUAUUCAAUACUGUCAUUCUUUAUCAAUAUUUAUAAUACUUGAAAUACAAGAAAUUUUCUUUUUUAAUCUAAAGACAAAACGACAAACUUCAAAGUGGAAUAUCUCGUAAAUUAAAAAUGUCAACACCAUCGUUUAUUUAAACUAAAACUUGAUUUAUUUGCCGGUUUCGAAUAUAUAGGUUGCUAUUUGGUCUAAAUGAAAAGUGGGUUCUCCUCGAAAAACAAGGGUAACGAAAAAUAACGGAAAUGUUAUAGAAAGUUAUGUUAUUAAUAGAGCCGCUAGUUUUUUAAAUCGUCUAUACAAAACAAAUUUCGAAAAUAAAGUGAAUAGAUUCCGAGACUAUGAGCGUUUUACGUUAUCGCCCUGUACGUUGUAUUAUAUUAUGGGGAGAAUAAUGUAAUGUGAUUAAUGUUGAAGGAUGUGAUGGAAACGGCGGUUCAGAGGAGGGGACGGCCAGGGAUUUUGCGCUCGCAUCGGGGCGGGUACAUGUGUACGAGAUUAUUUUGGCGAUGUGACGGCCGAGCUCAGGUGCACGUUAACGGUAUCGGUCGGCCGGUCACAGUUUAACUUUAACUUCCCAGAUGCACCCGAUUUUUACCGAGGAAUCGAUUAGGAACUUCUGUUGCGCGGUAAUGUUGCACCGAACGUAUUAUUAUUACUACACUUAUAUUAAUAUUAUACACGUAUAGAGCAGUGUGUUGCCGCCGCCGUAUUUAUAUCCCGGAUAACGGUAAAACGUAAUAAAUUAAAGGUCGUAAAGCCGGCGGCGGCGGCGGAAUACGCUAAUUUUGCGAUGUAGACGAGAUCUCCAAGUCGUCGCGGAACAACAGCUGCGACGAUUUAUUUUUACACCCUGGUGAAAUACCGCGGGCUAUUAUAAUAGCUAUCGCGCACAGAGUUGUGUAGGCAGUUCGUCGAUAUUAUACAAUAUUUACAUACCAAUUAGAUAAUGUACAGUGUCUGUACGGUGCUGUGUAUACUGCUUUGUAUACCGCGGCCAUAUAGGUAUACUGUUAUCGGUACCGUCAAGGGACGGAUCCAGAACAAGACGACGACUGGAGAAUGGUCACUCGAGUUAAUUUUUUUUUUUCAUCGACUUAAAUACCCACUCUUCUAAGCACGUUUUGUGUUAGUUAAUAAAAAAAUUAAUUUAAUUUUCUUGCGCAAUAAAAAAUAUUAUAAUUACCCGUUUCGUCUUUUUUCCAGGGUUGCUCUUUAUCAUUCCAAUCAGGGUACAUUUGACAACCUACUUCGACCCGACUUUUUUUUUUUUUUUUUGUAUAUUUGCGUUCGUAUAAUCUUUGUAACCAAUUUCCCACAAAGCACUUUGUGCGUGUACGGCUUGUAUUAAUUUAUCUGUGUCCAUUAUUAUUUUAUACUCGAAAAACGAUUUGAAAAAAUAAAAAAAUGUACGUAACCUGGGAUUUUGGAUUCAAGCGAAAUGCGUUGAAAAUGGAAUAAUGUAACCGCCGUCAUUAAAAACAUGUGUUUCAAAAUAAACAAAAAAAACGUUGUCCGAUAUCCGUUAUCGGUGUUGCGCUGCGAACCGGACAGCGUGGCCGUUUAUAUUCAUAUCAACGCGUUUCGUUUUUAUCGGCUAACAGAUCCCCGUUGUCACCGGUGAAAACGUAUAGUGUUGUCCGGGCCUAAGGCACGCAUUUACGGUGCAAACGAGCUCAGAGCGUAUCGGGGUCUUAGGACUCGGGAGUGUAUUCGUUAAGUAUUUAUUAUAUUGUAUUGUGUUUGUAAAGUUAAUGGUAAGAAACGGUCCAGCAACGUUUAAUGGGCAGACGAAAAACGAAUUUAACGAGUAUUUGAAGAAGGAAUAUAAUCGGUCGUCGUCACUGUCGCCGCCGCAGCCACCGUGUUUGCAGACACAGCGAUCGCGACCGGCAGGGCUAUAGUCGUCCGAGGGGUUCUAUCUUAUAUCCCGAAUUCCCGAACAGCGUGGAGUAUUUUGAGUGUCGCGUGCGCCGUACGGUAUUACGGGCGAUUUUCGCGCGCGGCCGUAGCGCGGUGAAUAACGACACAGAAACAACGGCAGUAGCAAUCGUGUAGGUGCGAUUUUGCCUCUUGCUUCAUCUGCAUAAUAUUAUACUACAAUAUACCGUAAUAUCGCACGUAUACAAUAUUAUUACAUUAUAUUAUUCCCGUUGUAAAACCGCCGAAAGAGAGCUUAUUAUGGCCGUCGUCGCCGGGUCGCGUGUUAUCAUAUAAAAACACACGGAGCUACGUCAACAGUAAUAAUAUAUUUGCCAGUGCCAUUAGAAAAAUAAACAAAGCCCGUGAUCCGUGUCAAGUCCCGCUAACGGCUACUAGGCACGUUUUCGUUCUUAUCUCUCCAAAUACACUUUCCUCCGCGCCGUCAUCGCCAGCUUCCGUCGUCACCGCCGCCGCAGUCUUGUUCCCCGUGCCCGCCCCCGCGGAAGGACCCGCCGAGUGGGGAGCUCCAUUAAUGUCGGUUUCGAAACUUUGGACAGACUGUUUGACGUGGAGGGGAUGGGGUAACGGCGACGGGUGAGGCUGUAUGCGAGGGGGGUAGCAGGAGACAGAGACGCUCGUUUGAAAUCUCAAAAAACCCUGUAUACCGUAUUAAAUAUGUUUCUGAUGUUUCUGACGGCGUCGCUUUUUCGAGUCACAACCGACCCGGUUAAUCUAUAUUUUUUAUUUUUUGACACGAUCGUCGAGAUACUCGAGUCAGAAAAUAUUUUGUCCGUAAAUACAGAUUUCGAAAACGCGUAUAUUUAUUACAGAGUUCUACAUUAUUUUAAAUUGAAGUAUAUUUCGGUUUUAAGAGUUAAACGACAACUGCUGGAUUACGAACGGAAAAUUGUAUUACGACUGUGAAAUUUUUCCUCGAAAAUUAUAACGAUUAUUCGUUUUAAAUAAUCCCAUUAAUAUAUGAAAAUAUGUAUAAUGGUGAAAAUUUCUAAAUUACAUUAUUAAUUUAUCGCAUACCAAAAACUGCACGUCAUAAUAUGCAGACGUCCCACGAGGAUACGACAAAUGCAAAAACUUUUGUUCUAUUCAAUAAUUUUAAUAUAAUAAUUUUUUUUUAAAUAAUUAGUAUUCUUUUGCGCUACAAUUAAUAUUAUAUAAACAUUUUUUUUUUUAGGAGAAGGGGGAAUUAAAAUAAAAAAUUUAAAACUGUAUUAUAAUUUUAAUGUGAAUAUUACCUAUUGUGGUUAUUCAGUUAUCAGUUAUUAGUCAGGAUUUUCUUUUCCAUGAGUUAAUAUCGUGUAAUAAUAUUAUCAUAUUAUAGUUAUUAGGCAGUUUCAAUCAAUCAAUAAUGGUAAUUUAUAUUGAUAAACAAUAUUGUUAUGAUUGAAAAGAAAAUUAUUCAAAUUUUAAAAAAAUCGUAGAAAAUAAAAGACCAUACUUUAACAAAAUUUUUAACCAUCAAAUAUUUUCUAAAAACUAUUUAAAAAAUGGCUAUUUUGAAUUGUUUUAAAAAAAAUUAUAGUAAAAUUUUAAAUAUUUUAUUUUAAGUAUCCCUUCCCCUAAAAACAAAAAUGUUUAUAUACAAACUGUAGCGCAAAAUCAUACUAAUUUUUUUAAAAAAAUGUAUAUCAAAACUAUUGAAUAGAACAAAAGUUAUUACAUUUGUCGAAUCCUCAUGGGACACCUUGUAUACAACACUGAAUGUAUUUUACUGUGCCAAUGUGUAUACUGCAUAAUAUAUGAAUAUUGAAGGCGUUGGUGGUCAAAGAUGUAAACUGACAUUUUUAAAAUGGUUGAGAAGGAUGAUUUGGAACAAAAAAUUAUAAAUACAUUUUCAUAAAUUUCUUGUGCAAUUGAGAUAAACAUAUACAUAAUUGGUAAAGAUAAUAAUAGUUCAUGUAAAUUUCAUAAUAUUCCUGUUGAUUUAUUAUACUCAUAAAAUAUAAGUUGACACUUUUACCCAUUCAAUUUAUAUAAAAACGAAAAUGGUAAUAGGCAGUAGUGGAUUUACAAGAUAGAAGAGAGGAGAGGUCUAGAGUGUUUAAAAAAGAGGCAUCUAUUAAAAGAUACCUUUUAAAUACAUGUGAUUUGGCAGGACCUCCUACCAGAAAAAUAUUGAAAAUCUGCUACUAGUAAUAGAUAUUAUUAUACUUUAAAACCUUUAUCCACAAACAAAAAUCAUACGAAAUACUUAUGUUAUAUAACAACUUUAUCAAUUGAAUAACUUCAUAAAUGUAUAUUAUGUUGUUCUAAAAUUUGUUUUAUAUAUAUAUAUAUACGUAUAUAAUACGCCAAAGCAAGUCGAUUAAUUACAUAAUAUCAAUUAAAAAAAAAAAUAUAUCAAUCAAUUAACUUUUGCCCACUGAGCAACAGAAUACUUAAAUCUAAUAAAAAUACAGGAUGAGUGAUGACAGAUAUAUGAAAAUUUCUUUAGAUUCCUGGAGAUUUCUAAAGACUACUAGAGAUUCUCAAAGUACAACGACUUCUCAGAGUGGUGUACCCUUCGCAUUCCAUCGACCUAUAUAAGAUUAAGUACAUAACAAUGCGUGAGUGUAUUUAAUGUAACGCAGAAUCGAACUAAUAGUUACCCUAAAUAAUUUUUAUAAUACACACAGUUUCCAAGUAUACAAAAUUAUAAAAGAAUUUGUUAAAAAGUGAUUAUUUCACUUGUGGGGGGUUAGAACUUAACGUUAGGUCAGCCCCUCUCAUGGUUUAUUAUAAAUAAAUCGUAAAUAAGCGUCUUGCAAAUUCCAAAAAUAUUCAUGCAAAUUCAUGCCAAUGGUAUGCUAAUUUAUUAGUUACAUAGUUUUUUUUUUUUUUAGCUAAAUGGAGUGGGGGUGGGCAGUGUAUAAUGUACGUUUUCGAAUCGACGUUUAAAAGGAAUGUUCCUAUUAGAAACUCAAAAGUUUAUACUUAUUUAAUGUAUAAGGAGUAAGGGUAAAUAAUUGAAAACAGUGCGAAAAUAAAUCCUAAACGAUUUCAUACAAGGGUACUAAAUGAUACAAAAAACAGAUAUCAAAUUCACCUCAAAUCUUUCGAGAAAAUCGCUGGUUCAUGACGAAUAAAUCACCCUGUAGUAACAAUAAUACACCUACGUCAUUAUAAACUAUUUUUCACGACCCAGCCCUCUAGACUAUAACGGUUAUCGUCAACGUGUAAUAUUACUAUAAAGUAUGCAGACGCGUGUUCAGCAGCUGCAGCAAUGUUUAUUCGCCCGUCGUCGUCGUAUAAUAUAUUAUUAUACGUAUAUUAAAAUAACAUUGGAUCUGUAUUCUGUAUUAAAAAACGAGAGACGCAUUAUUAUGACGGUCCAACGUCGAUUUUGUUUACGUUUCGGCCGAUAUCCUCCUCGGCCCCGAAGGAGGACGCAGAAGGAAGUUCUCAUUCAACCAUCAGUCGGACACAUUAAUAGCAGACCUUCGGCCCAUAUGGCAAGCACCUGCGCUACGCACUGCGGCUUUUCACGGGCGUAUACAGACAUAUACAUGCGUUUAUAUUUAUAGUCAACCGCCAGAACUUUCUUCGGGUGAUAGCCUAAACGCUAUUCGAUUAAUAAGGAAAACGCAUAUUAUUAUACCCCCUACAUGACAAUCCCUACAUAACUUAACCCUACGUUACUAUAACGGGUUUAAUAUACCUAGUUGUAAAUGUUAUAUUAUUAACCAACAUUUAUAACAUCGUGUAAAAUUCAUCACGCUAUCAAUUUUCUCGUAUCUAUUCGAAAGCAGUAAUUUUUGUUACAUUACUACUCUCAUUUCGUUGGUUUUAUUUCCGUUCAAUUUUCGAUUCUAACAAUAUAGUCUCAACGUGUAGGAAAAACAAAUUAAAAAGUCGAUAUUGCUAACAGAUAGACAACAGUUGUAGGUGGAUAGUUAACAAGGUAAUAUAUUGUACCUAUAAAGAAUAAUUAAAUUUAUACACUGUAUGUGUAACGAUAAAUCAUUACAAACGAAUCCGAGUGAAAUAGUGUAUUAGUAGGUAGUAUUAGUUAUAUUUUUUAUAAGAUAACCAAGAAAUCAACAUAAAUAAAACCGAUAUAUCGACAUUUGUUGUUAUCGUCCUAACGUACCACUUCAUAACUACUACUUGGGACCCAAUCUGGCACCAUCUAGAACUAUAGCACCAUUUCGGUGCAAAAUAAUAUGACCCACGUUGUUUAAAGGUGGAAUUUAGGUGUAGUUUACGUUUAGAUGAUAUAUUCCACUGUUUGAAUUAUUCAAACCAGGAGAUUGGAGAUGUCGAAAAACAGGAUUAUUGUUCAAAUUUGUUUAUCCUAAACUACAACGGUUGAAUGAUAUUCAAUUCAGAUACACCCUGUAUAACGAAAUCACGACGACGCGUCUGUUAUACACGAGAUACACACACGCACGCACACGUGUGUGUAAUACGUAUAGGUAUACGUACGGUGUGUAUGUGUGAAUGUAUUAUAUAUAGUCAGCAUAGCGGGUUAAAAGUUUUAGGCACUUUCGGGUGGACGUCAACGGGGUUGUUUUAUGAGGGGAGAGAGGUGGAACGGUCGUGGAAGAGACAGGUGGAACGGUGCGGGAGAACGGCGUGGGUUAUUUGCUGAUAUAAUCUUGACGUACGCUCCACGGACACCUGUGUACCGCGUGCAAGACGGAUAAGGACUUCCAAAGUCUUUGCGCGCGCGCACGCGCGUAUACGCGAACGGGAAAUAAAUACGACCACACCGACGAGAGACUUUAUUACACGUACCUGUAAGACCGUGCAUAAUAUUUACACUGGCGCUGACGGUAUUUUCGGUAAUUUUCGGUUAGAAGACGGUACACCGAAAAUACGUAGGUAUAGGUACAAUGUUUGGAAAAUAAAUCGUUUAUCUCACGAAUUAAAUAUUUUUUAAAAAAGACGGCCUAGGAUAAUGGCGAUGGAUGCAGCCACUGUUAUAAGCAAUUUAAUGUAUACCAAUAAGCAACGAUAGACCAUUUCUAACGAAAAUACGAUUCCGAACGGAAUUCAGUUGAUAUUGGUGCCCGAUCAACAAAAUGUAUGUCAUAUAAUGGUAAAAUAAUUACAUAGGUAUUAUAUAUUUUCUUUGAUAAUAUUUGUUUAAUGUACUGAUUUUUCCGUUUUUUCUCAUUAUCUGGGAAAACUCUUGAUAAAAUCUAAAAAUGACCUCCUUGAAGUGCUUUCCCAGUCAAAUUUUCUUUCAGAAAAGGUGCUGCACUUAAAAAUCGGAACAAGAUCUUUGGUAAAAAAGUUAUCCGCGAAAAAAAAUAAUAAAAUAAACAUCUUUGUAAAACCGUAAGCUUCUCGCUCCACUCAGAAUCUAAAAAUUUGUUUCGGUGCGAUAAAAUUCCUCUAUAUUUCUUGCAUUAAGAAGACGCGUAACAGCCCCGCGAUUUACACCGUAUGUAACUUGCCGGCCGCAGUACUGUCACGAUUCAGUGUAGAAAUGACACGGUCUGCAGGGUCGAGUUGACACACAAGCGCGUCGAUUUUUAAGCGUCCCCUCUUAAGACCUUGCUCGGGGAUAAUUUGAAAGAUUAUUCUCCCGAAUUUGUUGUUGUUUUUUUUUUUAAAAAAAAAAUGUAUUGAACGAAAUUGAUCAUGACGUACCCGACGUCAUAAUGAUAUUAUGCAAACAUAGGUAAUUCAUAAUAUUAUUAAUUUUAUUUCGAGUUUUACAUUGAGCCGGACGCCCCGUAGUUUCAAAACGCUUUGACGUGCCCCAGGGCGAAUUCUCCCAAAACACGGCUCUGCGCACGGUAUAGAUACGGAUUUAAAUUAUGCGAUUUCGAGUGGAAAAUUGCAAUAACAUAUUAUAGUAUGCGUUCGUAUGAUGAUCGCGUACGCGUGCCAAAGGGUGUAUAGUAUCUAUUCUUUUUGUUCCGGGCACAUCACCCGAAGGCGCGACGGCGGUGUGUUUAUAAGCAAUUAUAGGCGAACGAAAAAAAAAAAAAAAAAAAAAAAAAAAAUUAGAACGAAAAAAAAAAAACGUUUCUUGAGGCCCAAAAGCUUCUUCGGGCCGAGUAUUAUACACGAGUCCGCCGUCCGCCCUCUCUACCCAGACUACGGGUAUUUUCCUACCCGCGCACGUACACACACACACACUCAACUCGCACCAAACCGUCCGCCACGCCCGCGUCGAGUUCCCUGUUGCUGUUGCCUAUACGUGGAGCCGACCGGCGGGCGGCGGCGGCGGCGGCGGCGGUGGCGGCACAUCAACCGCAGAAGUUGCAGCCAAAACUAAUAACUCGCAGAAACGGCGGCGGCUGUGUGUUUAUGUGUAUGACACAACUGAAUUCCGGUAAUGGACGUGUCACGAACACUCGGACACGUACUGGGCGGGCAAAGCCGCGGCGGCGUGGCUUUUGGUGAGUACGCUGCACAAACGCGCACAAAACGGCAUUAUAUUAUAUAUUAUGUACGGGAGACCGCGGUUGGUAUUUAUAAAAAAAAAAAUAAUAAUAAUAAUAAUAAUAAUAAAAAGUUGUUCGCCAAUAUUCACAUACGCGAGCGUACGGAUAUGUGUUAUAAUAAUACCGCGCAUAAUACACGUGUUAUCGUAUUAUUUUUUUAUUUUUUUUUCUGUUCAACUUUCAAGACCGACCGUCCCGAGCGUCCGCCUCCGAUUAUCCCUGGAUACAUACUCCGUCGGGCCGUGCCAAAUAUUACAGUAUCGCACCUGGCACUCCUCGCGCCGCGGUCUUCCCGACGGGGAUCUUUUUUCGUACGGACGUUCCCCGCUAUCGUAUCGUCCCUAUGCCGGACCUUCUCGUUUUCUCCGCUUAACGGCGCGCGUUGAUAUACCGCGUAACUGUUUAGACUCCGAGCGAAGUGAAGAAGCUUACGGUUUUACAAGGAUGUUGGUUUAUUUUUUUUCUGUUGACAACUUUUCCACCGGAAAUCCUGCUCUGAUUUUUAAGCGCCGCGCCUUUUCCGAAAAUGAAUCGGACUGGGGAGGUACUUUUAGGAAGUCAAUUCGUUUGGUUUUCUCGAGAGUUUACUCAACAAACAGGAAUCAACAGAGGAAACACGGGAAAAUCGAUACAAUAUUACACAAAUAUUAUUAAAGAAAAUAUAUAAUACCUGUGUAAUUAUUUUACCAUAAUACGACAUAUUAUAUAUUGUUGUCAAAGCAACACUAUCAACUGAAUCGUUUUUCCGUUCGCAAUGGUUUAUCGCAUUGCUUAUAAAUAUACACUGAAUUUCCCCUCUACUAGCUUCCCAAUUUUUCAACUACAACAAUGGCCCAUACACGUGCGAAGUCGCCCGGCUAUUUUAUCUCUCUCGGGCCACUUUCGCACAGUCCGUUUUUGCAACGGCAACGAAAACGGAUCGGAUAAAAACACGAAACGGAGUACAAAAUCGACAUACUUUGUUGACACAAGUCUCGUUUCGAUGUUUCGACCAACGGACAGACCGGUGCCGGUCCGUUAUCGAAUGACUCGACGGAUUGCCUCGGUAUUUGUCCGUCGUCGGUGCGUUUUUAAAACGGACCGUUUAUCAAGACUUCAUUAAUUAGAUAUUAUAACCCUUCACACUUCCGAUUUUGUAUCCGAUUACUUUUAUCCCAUACCCGUUUUCAGUUGCCAGUGUGUGUUCAUCAUUGUCGUGAUUCGUGGCAUGUAUUUUUUUUUUUUUUUUUACCCACCUUUACCAUAAUUUAUUACUUAAUAAAAUGCACGCGAUUUAACCGAUUGUAACUGAAUAUCGACUUGCAUACAAGCCCAUACCGUUACCGAACUGUAUUACCGAAAAUAUUGUCCGGUUCUUAAUACCGUUGUAGAACUGUGCGAAAUUGGCCUCGCUGUGUCUGGUCUGCCACGUAGGUCUCAUUUGUUCUGCGUCGAAUCUGUUCCGAAUCUAUUACGUUAUCCGUUCAAUAAUACUUUCGAAAACCUUUAGCCUCAACGCCCAAGUCUUUCUGGUGGUCAAGCGUGGUGAUCAGUGUACAAAAUUACCGAACUAUUGUAAUUAUUAUUUACGUUACAUGAAGUUGCACUAAAAGUCGAUACAUACGAGUAGCCAAAAGCGAAAUAGCAGUUAUUGCCAAUUUCGUUUAUUUUCUAUUUUUUUUUUUUUUUUUUAGUGUUUUUACAUAUCAUUUGUCAGCGCGUAAUUAGUGAUCACCGUUAAAUUAUAUACGAUACAGUGGAUCCACGGCUUAUAUCGCGAAACGUGCAUUAUAUUCGAGUGUUUACGAAAUAUUUAAAUGAAAAAUAAUUUUCAAUUUAAAUGUCCGCAGGUAAAUCGAAAAACAAAUCCAAAGACGCGGUGGGCUUUUCGUCGACAUCCACCAGCGAUUCGUCUGGCGAACACUUGCUCAGUCCCACGCACCCGUCACCGGCACAGAUCGACGUCGAGUCUGAAAGUACGUAUAUAGUGUACGACGGCGCGAACGCAUGUUUACGACGAUGACGUCGGCGCGUACGGAAUAAUGAUUAAAUAUUUUGAAAAUAUUUUAAACACAAGAUCGAUAACGAGACAUAAAACCAACGUUUACUCGAAAUCUCCGUUGAUAUUCGCCGGUUCGUGUUGAUAAAAUAAUCACCCUUCUGUAUUAUUAUUUUAUGUUUAUGACGGCGGUACCUAGAGGUAAACGCACAAUAUAAUAAAGUCUCUUGCUCGGAAUAGCUAAUCUCCUUUGAGAUCUUUAAAAGAGCUCUCCUUUUGUGCAAAGUAAAACCUUUGAAUUUUUAUUAAUAUUAUAAUUACCUUAUACUUUUCCGCGCAACGAUACUCGGACGGUUAACGGGGUAUAAAGAGGAGAAGUGUAAAACAAGAGUUUACAGUAAUCGCUGUUAUAAUAAGAUUAUACCGAAAAUCAUAUAGCAGUAUGUGAAAAAUGUGUGCAUAAUACCGACGAAUUAAUUAAUAAUUAAUCUGUGUGUACCAAAGUGUGUGCAAAGGUUAUAUCCUACAGGCUAGCUUCAUACCCAGACCUAAAAUUAAACAGAAUUUUUAUUUUUUUUAUUUUACGGUUAGUUAUGUAAAAAUGGGAAAUUACUUCAUUGGGAAAUGUCCUUAUUUUUCUGAAAAAAAAAAAAAGAAAGAAAGAAAUGUAAAUGUAAAUUAUCCAGUCAUUGACAUCGCUAACUGUACUGUUAAGUUGGACAAUGACGUUUAAUUUAUUCUUUAUUGAUUUUAAAUAAUAAUUACAAUAAUAAUAUAAUAUGCCACCUUUUCUAAGUGUCUAAUCAAAUUUAAUAAACUAAAAUUAUAAAAAUAUUGUGUAAAAUAUUUAAGUUUUCAAUGUCAAUCAUUUCCUACGUCUUUAAAAUAACCCGCAAAAUUAUACAAAACUACAGAACAAGUUGAAAAAUAAAGAAAUAAUUUUACACGAAGCAUCCGACAUAUUUCUUUAUAUUUAAUAUUUUUACGCGCAGGUUCGAGUCCACCGUCCGAUACGUUCAGGAAUCAUUCCAAACUAAAAAGAUUCCUGACCACGUUGGUGCAAUUCAGCGGACAGAUAUCAUCACAGACCAGUGAACGGGUCAAGGGUCAGAUAUUCACUCUAGUGGUAAGUACGCAUGUGUCAUAUUAUUAUAUGAUUCACAUUUCUAUUAAAACACACACGCGGUGAUAUUGCGUUAAUAUCAUUAUAUUUUAAAAUGUGAUAAAUUCACACUUAUCAUUAUAUUUUUUAAUGGUCAAUUUCCCGGGCUUUAUGAACAUUAUUUAACGCACGAUAAAGUAUCUACGAUAAAGCGGUACUUGAGUAACAUAAUAUACGAACACACGAUUCAUUUGAAUGUAUAAUAUUAUACGAUAGAAAUAGAUAUUUAAAAAAAAAAAACGCACUUAUUUGAUUCUUUUUAUAAAGUCUUUUAUAUUACGUUCCUUAUAACUAUCGAGUCAUACUUCACGUAUUUAUUAUACAAAUAGGAUAACAUCAUAGAAUCACAUUCAAAUGAUAUUAAUUAAUAUAUAUAUAGUAUUAAUAUUAUUUGCAUUAAGCUUAAUAUAUUGACUAUACAAAUUUUAAAAAACAAACCAAAAAUUAUAUUUAUCCACACUAUAUAUAUAUAGGUUAAUAUUCGACCUUUGAUUUUGGGUUUUUUUUUUUUUUGCAGAACAAUUUGAUAAGCGUCGAAGAAUUCCAUCAUAACAUACAAGAAAUGACAAAUUUCCCAUUACGGCCGUUUGUACUGCCGUUCUUGAGGAGCCAUUUACCAUCGCUGCAACGUGAUCUGCUGGCAUUGGCACGUAACAACAAACAGGUACGACACAUAGAUUCAGGGUCAAAAGGGGAAUUUAACGGUCAUUUAAUCGUAUAAAAACAAACGGAAUUAAAUGAACAAACUCGACCUGACCUAAACUAACCUGUACAAUUCUAGCCCGUUAAUUAACAUUUAAGCUUCGUUGCGUUAACAUCGUAAAAUACUCUUGAAGACGUUUAAGUAUUCAUAUAGAAUACUUAAUUAAUUCUAUUACAUGGCGUGGGCCUUUAGUUCGUGCGAACCGACGCUUUAUUUUAAAACCUAAUUCUAAUUUAUCUAAACAAAAUCACGUUUUAUAAGAUAAUUUAUUUGUCGUAUCAAUAAUAUAUUAUAUAUAGGUGCACGUGUACGUAGAAAACGUAUUUCUUUUUUUACUUUUUUUACAAAUCAAAGUUUAAAUGUAUAUUGUCUGAAACACAUUUUCUGUAGGUUUAUUUUAUACAAACUUUAGCCAUUAGAUUGUUUAGAUGCCUCGAAAUAUAUAAGUAAAAACAAAUUGCAUUUCACUACCGUUCACUCAAAUCGUUAUUCCUGUACGUAUUUAAGUUUUGAGAUCAUUUUAUAUAUAUGCAUUGCAGUGACGUUUUAGCGAAAUUGUUAAUCGCAGUUUAUGCUUUCGUAAUAGUAUGUCAACCGUCUGUCAUGCUUUUUGAAAGUUGCUAAAGGCUGUUAGUUGUACGGGUAAAAUUAAUAUUGAACCAGAAAAUUGAAAACUGAGAGUAUUAUGAAUAUUAUAAUAUUACUACUUUCGUUACAUUACACCGCAGUAGUGCGUCCCUAUACUUGUAUGCAGUGGCACAAACAGAGAUUAUUUAUUUUAACGGAGGGGAGAGGUUAUCAAUUUCAAAAACGUAUUUCCACGCAUUUUUUGUUUUUUUUUUUCUUUAAAUGAGACAAACGGCAAACAAACCAAGGCCGACAUAUAUGAUAUUUAAAUGCGCUCGUCAGUUCGAUAACAAUAUAAAAAAAACGUGCGUAACCGGACGACCACGACGGGCGCACUUCACGCCGUGGAUAGGCCACUGUUUCCGAUAACUCCCGGGCCCUGAAUUGAAUAACGAACGCGUGCGUGACUUUCCGCGGUGCGCCGCGGAAAAUGUCACGCGCAUGAGACUUUUUCGGGCGAUGACGACGGAUCGCAAUCGUAUCGAAAGCGGCUGUCGCGUAUAAUAAGCAACGCGACGGGGACGAUAUUAUAUUAUUAUGUCGCGAAGACGGGCGAACGGCGGCCCGCAAUAUCGGUGCCCGGGGAAUGCGGGAGCGGCAAGUACGGCGGGAAUACGACGGGAAAAAAAGAAGAAAAAAAAGACAACAAAAAUGAAGCUCUAAUGUGUUGUGCCGUCCGUUGCUAUAACCGCAUGUGUGGCGUGUGCGGCAACAGCCGUCGCUCGGGCUUCUAAUGAAUUCCGUUCCGGGCGGUCAGCUCCUCGCCCGGUGUACGGCCCCGCGUGCGUCGUUAUAUCCGAACGGCCCCGACCACACCCCCGGCCGCCAACCCCGACCCCCUCCCCCCUCCGUGAUCCUCCCCCCCCCUCCGACCAAUGGGCCCACAUCAUAUAAUGUAAUAUAACACGAGUAUAAUGCGCAAGAAUAACCGUCGGCGACGGUACUGUUAAAACCGUAUUGCGAUUUUCGACCGAGAACGUUUCCAUAUUAUACAGCGGGGGGAGGGGGGGUGUGUGUGCGAGUGUAUAUUAUGCGGUGCGUGCGAGCGGAACGGGUAACGGCUAUCGCAAAAGUUUUACGUGCCGAAUUCCCAUCCCGCGCGAAACGGCAUAAAACCAAAACGAUCGUUGCCGAUAAAUAUUUAUUGUUACGUAUUUAUACCAAUUAUUGUAUACUCACUCACUAUGCGGGCUGGCCCACGAAGAUCUCGUUCCAUAAAUAUCUCCGGAUAUGAUAAUAACGAUAAUCGAAUUUUGGUUUUUUUUUUUAUAUUACUCACACGGGGAAUAUCUAUAUUUAUAUUUGAAUUCAUAAUUUUUUUGUUUUUGGCGAAAAAUUAGUUUAUUUUUCUAAAAAUUUUAAUGCAUCACACAUUUAUAUCCGAUGAAUAGUUUUUGAAUAACAGCCGUUUUAAAUUCUACUGAUCCGUGUGAAAACCGAUGUAACGCGAUUAGGUUAUUCCCUAGCUUAAAAUUUUCGGAAAACAAUAAAAUAAAAAGUUGACUUUUUAAUUUUUUCAAUAGAAUAAAAAAUCAAUUCAAAAAUAAACAUUUUUAGUCCUCGUGCUGGCGAGUAACAUGAAAAAAAAAUCAAAAGAACCACGGGGAGGUAACGUAGGCGCAAAUAUGGGUGAAGGGAGUUCGGGAAGCGGCCACGGAGAAAAUAUUCGUUCGGAAUUCAACUCCUUUAAAGGAUAAACGAAAAAAUGUUUUUAAAAAGCUACCGGCGGUUAACUGCGGUACAUAUAUUGGGACGGGGAUGCUAACAAGGAGUCACGGGAAUACGCGAUUUUUAUUUUUUUUUUUUUGUUUCCGUUCAGUUAACCGACGUGGGCAAAGCCGUGUGGGACGACUUGUAAUAAUAAUAAUCGCUAUUUAUUUAUUUAUUAGUUAUUUAGUAUAUUAUAGAUGGUUUAUAAUAUUAGCAGUUUAUACGUUUAUUUAUAAAGUGCGGGGAAAUUAUUAUGACCAAACGAACUUUCCGACGGACACCGGCUUUGGUAAUUUAGUGUUUUUUUUUUUUUUUUUUUUUAACACUUUACAUUAUAUAAAUAAAUAAUAAAAUAUAUUUUGUGUGUAUACCGUACAGUUUAUACUCUGUAAUUUUAUAUCGCGCCGAAACGUUAAAUCACUGCAAACGUCAAGUGCAUUCGGGAUAUAAUUUUUAAACAACAAUAACCGCCGCGCCUUACAUUAUUUUUAUUAAUUAACAUUUUGAACGAAAUUUCGUUCAGAGGACACAAUUUCGCAGGAUGUAAUUGUUUUCGUUUCGCACGGUACAAUAAUGGUAAAACGUUGAAUAAUUAUUUCAUAUCGACCGUACAAUAUAUAUACUUUAACGCGUCUAAUACGGGAAAUGAAUUCUCAACAAAUCGGAUUUAUGGAAUUGUCUUACGUUAUUUGCGCUUUUUUUUUUCCUUUUUAUUUUUUUUAAACGUAUAAACCAGGGUUUCCUACGGGCAUUUAAAUACACGUGUAUUAAUCCGCGUGUUUGUAACUGCACGUGCAGUAUUCGAUAAUACACGUGUAUUUAACGCAGCCCGUGCGUUUAAUAAUGCACACGUAUUUGAUGAUGUACCGCGUAUUUAAUAAUACCGACAACGGCGGCCCGCCCGUCCCCGGUGUCCAGUACUUAUUUUUCAAAACUAAACAUCGGAGCGUGGAAAACACUCGAGCGCACAUAUCGCACACGAUCGUUAUUAGAGAUAGGCGUGCAUUUUUAAACACGCGCGUAUUGUUACGUACACGGAUCGAUACGCGGGUUUUCUCAAUUGCACGCGUGCCCGUGCACCCAGGUAUAUUCAGGUACACGUGAAAUCGCGAGCCCCGGUAUAAAGGUACGAAUCUCAAAUCCAACGAGCAUUUCACUCCGGAAUCGAAUAGUAAUAGCGCGUAAUAUGGGCAUUUUAAAACAAACAAGAAAACCAGACACGUACAUUGUAGGUAGGGAUAUUUUCCCUAGGUGCAGAAUUUUUAGGAUAUACGGUAAUUUUAUAGUUAAUAUCGUACCAAAAGCAACGGUGAUGAAAGAAAAAAAAUGCGGUGCCCCGUAAACAGUAAAGAUUUUAAUGAAUAGCGCGAGUUGCGUGUUUUUUUUUCACCGUAGCGGUGUUGACCAUCCAGGUGACCCGGAAAUCAACAAAUAUAAAACCAAUGUAUCGACACACUUUGUGGUCGUCCGGCCGUUUUGUUUUUUUCGAAACACCGUUGGUAAUCGAAAUAUUCUGAAUUCUGAGCGUAAAACGAGGAAUGCGAUGUCGGGUCCGCUACAUGAUGCGCGUGGUAUUUUCCGUCAGGUGAUUACUAUAUUGACCGCGUGUUUUUAUUGUAUACAUCGUUUUUUUCAAACAAGUUCGCAGUAAGAUUUAUUAUUUUAUACGGCCAUGUUAAUCUUUGCCCGUAGUUUAAAAGUUUUUGCAAAAUAGUUUUUCGGUUUUUGAAAAUGCCUAUAUUUUAAGGUCUUUUUAGACGUUUUUAUUAAUAUGAUAAUAUACGACGGUCGGUUUCUGUUUGUCGGUGUUGCCGGUGUCGCGCAGUCGCUGAGCCAGUACCUGAAACAGCACGAGAACGCGUACCUGGACCGUGACUCGCAGCCCAGCGAACCGUCAGAGAUUUUCCACCAGGUGGAACGGGUGCCGGCCCCGUCGCCCAUGCAGCGCGAGAACAGCGGCGGCGGCGGCGGCGGCGGAAGCGGCGGCGGCUGCGGCGGCGGUGGCGGCGGCAACAACAACAAGCGGCCGUACCCGAUGGCCGCGGCCAUGUCGUCCAUGGCCGACAGCUACUACGAGACCGGGUACGCGGCCGACAUGGAGUACCAGCAGCCGUGCGUCAAGCGUCCGAAUCUCAGCUACGCGCUGCCGUUCAUGUACCAUCCGCACCUGCACCCGCAGGAACCGCCGCCGCCGCCGCCGCCGGCCCCGCCGCCAUCGUUGCCGCCGUCUUCGCAUCACCCGUACAACAUAAUUCCGCUGUUGCACAUACGCGAGCCGGAAGACCAAAAGGGUCACGUGGAGGACGAGUGGAAGAACAUACACGUGGUGAGUGCGAUGCGUUACUGUUCGAAGUGUUUAUAUUACAUUAUACUUACGAAUAUUCCACCGAGCUACUGUAUACAGGCUGUCGCACGAAGACAUUAUACCCCGUGAGAUAUAUAACUCCGGAGAUGAUAAAGAUAAUCAAACUCUGUUUUUUUUUUUUUUUUUUUUUUUUAUAUAUAUUACUUACAGGGACGAAUAAUACAAAUAUAAAUAUUUGUUGUCCUCACCCCCGCGGGUAAAAAAAAAAACAGAAUUUGAUUAUUUUUAUUAUCUCUCUGGAGAUAUUAAAAGGGGUAUAUGUCCGUGGGACAGCCUGUAUGAACUAUUAAAUAGAAUGUGCAUGGAUGGUAGAGUUUGAAAAAUUAAUGUGCGACAUUAAAAAAAUAAUAUAGUAUAGUAUAUAGCUAUACACUGUGGACCGUCGCGAGUAAUGGAGAUGUUUUAUUAGAAAUUUAAAUAACAAUUUUCGCAUCAAUAUGCCGAAAUUAGUUUCGUAUGUCCACGUUACAAAAUAUGCAUGCGUAUAUUUAUAGAUUUCAUAUACAUUCUUAGAUAAUAACCCUUUCCUGCUCUUACCGAUUUAUUGAUUUAUACAAUUUUCAAUUUAAGUUUAUCAAAAUAUUACUAACCAAGCUCCGGUUAGAACCGUUUUUCGUUAGCAAUGAUUUAUACCUAGUUACACACGGAUAUAAAUAUAAUUACAUUAGAUAUCCUACAUGGUUGAGUUUUUUUUUAAAAAAAAGUUUAUUAUUAUAAGUAUAUAAUAUAUACUUUGUAGUCUCGUAAAAGUUUUGUAUUUUAUUUUCGUUUAGAUGUUGAACUGUAUACUGAGCAUGGUGGAAAAAACAAAAAAAGCACUAGGUAUACUGCAAGAACGCGGCCUUACCGACACGAAUUUUCCCGACUGGAACAGAAAGAAAUCUACUGAAGAGGUGUUGGCGCAGACCGUACGGCAAACCGAAGAAAGGAUCGAAGGCAUCAAAAAGAAAGCCGGUAAGAAAUAUUUAUAAAAGCAUGAAAAUACUUUUGUAAAAACAAUGUUUUAUUUCUUUCUCUCGCUCUAUAUAUGUAUCUCGAUCUCCCUGUCUCUCGCUCUCUUUAAGUGGUUAAGUGAUUAUGGUAGUGGUCUCUAGUCUUAACUCUGUCUAUGGCGGCCAGUUACUGUUUUGGCUGUUUAGACAACGCACCUAUUAUAAAUAUUAAAUACUAUCGAAUGCGUUAUGAUAGGUAAUAAAUAAUAUAAAUACUGAGACAGAAUGCAAGUAAGCGACCAAACUUAUUAAUUCAAUCAUAAUUUUUCUUGAACUGAUAACAGCUCUAAUAAGAGAAAAUAAGUGUGUUAUAUAACUCAUGUUUAUUAAUUAUUUUUUGUUAAUAUUAUCAUAAUUAUCAUAAAAAAAUAUUUAAAUGUAAUAGACAAUCUAUACAUAUAGGUACAUCACAGUUAAAUGUAUACCGAAAUAAACUGAAUAUAUUCCCAGACAGCAAAUUAUAAAAACUGUAUUUAAAUAUUUUUUAACAAAAGUUAAUAUUAUCAGCCAAAUUUGUUUGCCACAAUAUUACUAAAAUAUUAUUUCUUAACAUUUUAUAAAUGUUAUAAUAAUUUAGGUCUUGAAAAGGCCACCCGAAAAUACGAGAAAUGUAUACGCAACCAUACUUCGGAAUAUGUCGCUGAGUAUCGAACCUGGGACUCUAACCUAAUAUACUCACUACCUCCCAAACUACUAGACCUCCUAAUUAUAUUAAAACAUAGAUAUUUUCAUAAAAGUAUAACUUAUAAAGUUAAUUUUAGAAUAUAAGGUAUACAUCACAAAAUUUCGAACUUUUUUGGGAACCCAAGCGGGGACUUUAAACUCUAAACUGAACCUUGCCUUUGAAUAGCGAACACCAGACUAUAGCUAUAGUUAUAGCUAGGAGACAGUCUCUCUCUCUCCCCCCCACCCCGAUUUUUUUGUUUUAUUGGUUAGUUUGGCAUAUUUUAUUGUUCUAAAAACAUAGGUAGUAUACAAACUGUUAGUACUCGCCACUCCUCGAAAUUUGUUUUCUGGCUUCGGUACUAACACCUUAGGUUCGGCAACCUGUGAAUAAUGGAUGAAGGUUUGGUGACAGUAAAUGUCUAAAUAGCUUACACUUACCCAUGUCAGCAAAGGGAAAAGCAUAUUACGGAGGAAGGGGCUGAAAUAGGAUUACAUUGCGGUGAGGGGAAGGGGAGUGAAUGAGAGAGUAGAAGGAAAGGAACAGAGAUACAAAAAAUUGGUUUAAAGACCGAAAUAAGAAGUUCCUGAGAAUAUAAAAAUGUUUCAUGACGAAAAACUCCCUAAACAGUCGGUAAAAUGGGUAAAUAUACUCGUAUAUUAGAGUCGACCAAAAAAAAAUUUUUUUUUUCACUGGCGUAUGUUUAUAUUUAAUUUGUACAAGUAUGACAAUACCAUCAAAUCUAAUUUCGUGAAAACAAAAUUUUUUCCAGUUUGCAAGCAGUGAUUUUUGAUAAAUAACGCAAUUUGUAUGUAUUUUAUUUUUUUUUUUUAUGCUUUAAAUUAUAGCAAUGUAAAAAUGGCUUGAUUAACUUAAUCAAAACAUGAGAAUAAUAUUAUCAGAUUAAUUUUAUUUAAAAUUUAAAUUUAAAUAUUAUUAUCACAUUUUUAGUUGGUUAAAACAUAACUUAAAUAUUAUAAAAACUAUUAAAUUAAAUCAUUGAGAAAAUAUUUAAAAUGUAAUUUAGUUUUAUAAUUAUUGUAAUAUUAAUGUCAUGCAAUAUAAUGCUGUCUGGGAAUUAUAGAAUAUCUACCCCUACGAUUCUGUACCAAUUAUUAUCCGCCUAAAGCAUAUGUAUUUAAUUAUAAUUUAACAAAAACGAAUUUCCAAAAUUAUACCGAUAAUACUAUACGUUAAGAGGACGUGAUACUAUCCCGUGUGCUGUCCCUGUUUUACAACCGUACGACUUAUCACAUAUAUGUCGUGUUCAGUGGAAACAACUUUGUGCUUUUAAUUUUAAUAUUAGAUUGAAUGGUCAAUUCACUCUAAUAUGAUAGGUCAUAUCAUGAAUAUAAGAACAUAUCGGUGCGACUUUGUCGGGUUUUUAAUUUUUAAGCGAGUUUAAUGAGUAUGUGAAAUGUCACAGUUUAAAAAUGUUAACGAGUAUAUAUCUCGCUUAAAAAUUGAAAUAUUGAUAAAAACCGACAUAAUAUUAUACGCACAUUGUUUAGAUUUUCUUAUCUGCACUUAAGUUUGACAAUAGGUCACUCUGAUAUUAAAACCAACAGCUCACAAUCGUAGAUCGUAUACAAUGGAUAGAGCUGUAAACAAUAAAACAUGUUGCGAACGUCUAUCGUCACGGUAAGAUGACGUUUCACUUCUGCACAUGCGCGAUAUACUGUUAUCAGUCUACACCACUGUAGUUGUCACUGGCUAGGAUAUCUUAGUCCAUAGUGGUUUUGGUUAAAUUAUAAAUAGUGUUCAAAAAUAUUGAUAGAUACCGGCAAAGAUAAGAAGAAGACGCAUGGCGCUGCAGGAGCGACACGCUCGCUUGAGGUAAUAGGCCACACGAUCGUUACAAAUAAAACAAAGCCAUAGUACAUUUAUUGCUGAACGCAAAUUCGCUAGGCCAUACGAUUCUAAAACGGAGACAUGACAUGCGGGUAGCACGUCCUCUUAGGUACCUAAUAAUAAGAAUUAUAAUAUUAUUAGUUCGUUAAAUUUACUCCUGUGCCUAAAUAAUUUAACUCGAUAAAAUAGUUGUCUAUUAUUUAAAAUUACUAAUUACGCAUUACGAAAUUUGUUAAAAUAAUAAUACAUAAUUUUUUUUUUUUUUUUUUAAAUAUUAUUGUCAUUAAAAACAUUAAUAAAUAUACCUACUGUUUAACCGAUAAAAUAAAAAAUAAAUAAGUAUUAGGUAUAAAAUACAUUUUGGAAACGAUAUUUUUUAUUUUAAAAUCCUAAUAAUUUAUAUAGUGUUUAAUCUAUUUGUUUUUCUUUCGUCUUUUAGUUUUAUAAAUAAUAAUACAAUAAUAAAUGUUGGGCAACUUUUUAUUAUUAGAAUAUAUUAUGUAUUAAUGUAUUCUAAGAUAGUAUAUUAUAUAUUAUGAUCUUUUUAUAUGUAAUUUUUAAACACCUAUAAUAUUAUAAAUUAAUAUAAAGCUGUUUAGCGUGGAAAUUAUUAUUAAAUUUAAUUAUAUUUUCAAUACACAUUUCGUCAAUAAAAUCAACUGAUAAAUAGGAUUUUAAUUAUAAGUAUUUUUUUUUUUUUGUUUUUUUUUUUUUAUUUAUUUAAUAAAAUGCAUUUUAUCCAUAAAUUAUUGUAUUUUACACUCACGACGGUCGGCGACACUAAAUAUAAGGAAAACCGUAUACAUUUAGGUAUAAUUUAUACAAGAUACAUUUUUCCGUAAAAACCUCGCUUAUCGAUUUCUUUUAACUAUGGAGGGAGGGGCAAAACAUUUAUAAUCGACAAAUAAGGUACCAUUUUAGUGAUUAAGUUAUUCACUUCUAACGAAUCGUUAAUAUUCACAAUUGCACAUUGUAUUUGCAUACUAUUUUUGGACUGGAUUUGCAUCACGACAUUGAAAAACAACAAAAAUCCGUUGCUAGGAAAAUGUAACUCAGUUUUUUUAUAUGUUUUCUGUUCAGUUUAUUUUUUAAAUGCACAAUACCCGCACGGUCCAUAUAACUAUGUAUAUUCAAAAACAAUAACAAAAUAUUAUGUCGUCGAGUAGCGAUUUGAUUAUUUCUCCCCCGAGACUGGUGUGGAAUUCACACAUAAUAUUAUCAAUAUUAUAUAUUAAAAAUGUUUAUAUAAAUACUCACCGUCUCGCCCCUUAUUAUGCUUAUCAACUCUGAUAACUACAUAAUGUUGACGCCCGCAGUAUUAACACUACAAUAAUUACGCGAAAAAUUUACAAAUCUUUAACAUUUCUUUGUCAUGCAAAAUUUAAAAAGUAUCCACCAGACACUUUAAAGCUUCUAUAGUAAUAAUUACGCUGGCCGACCAUAUCUAAUUUCGCGUACAUUUUAAUAAAACACAAUUUAAGUAACACAAUUUGGAUGAUUUUCGUUGUUUUUCAAACGUAUGUAGACAAAGACAGCAGCAACGUACCCAGGGGGGCAUAGAGGCCAUAUUAUUUACCAUAUUAUUUUAUAUAUUUUCAUUAUAAUCGUUUCAUGUUUAUGAUACUUAAGUCUUUAUGGUGUAUACAGUGUAUGUUUUAAGAUUCUGAGUAACGUGAUGGUUUUACUAUGAUGUGUUUUUUUACACUUUUUUUCUGUAUAUUAAAAAUUUAUCUACCUAGCAGAAAUCUGACUACAAUCGAAAACCAACAAGAAAGUUUUUGUGCUUCAAAUUUCUCCAAACUAUAAAAUAUUAAAAUGGUCAUUUUUUUUUCUUGCAUUUUUCACGAUUACGACUAAUUUAUGAUACUAACAAUUCUUUAUUUUCGAUUUUGUUUCUCAUUCAAAAAUAUUAUUUCAAAUUUGAAGUAUAACAUCUUUUAUAACAGACAACAUUUCCUUAGUUUUCUUAAUAACUGAAAAAAACCAGGAAAAAUCAUGGACAAAAUGGGAAAAUUUACGGAAAUAGCGGUCUCAUUAUUUUUGAUUUUGUUUUUUUGUUGUAAUUCCGAUAAAAGUAAUUGUUGAGACCUAAAAUUCUCAUAGAAUACUUUUAUACUCAAUAACUCUAUUUUAGACGUGGAAAAAUUGUGUAAUCCAUUUUCAACGUUAUAAUCGAUUUGGUUAGUUAAUACAAAUAAUUAGAUUCCUUGGAAAAGUCCGAGCAAUUGAAAUUAAUCACUUCAGGAUAAUCGAGUGCAAGAAAACUGAUGGGACGAAAAUAAAAAUAAAAAUUGAAGAAUUUCCAGAUUAUCGGAACCGUCAGUGCUUUUUCUUAUCCAUCAUAGACUACGAAUAACGAAAUCGUCUUGGUUUUCUUCAAAUGCCAUCUCAAAAGCCUGCACUACAGUUCGAGGAAUUUUUAUAUUUCAUUUAAAUAAAUGGAAAUUAAUACAGAAAAAUGAAUAUUGAAUCAUGAAAAUAAACGAAAUCUAGGUGUCAAAUUUUGAUUACACAUUAUUUAUGUAAAUGACAGUUUUAAUAGUCAUUGACGGUGUUAACCGCCCGAAAUUGACUAGCUAGUCAUUUAAACGUGGUCAAGCCUUAACCGAGUUUGGUGAAAUUCAACAAGCUGUUAAACUAAUUUUAAUCACGGUUGAUUACGAUUAAAUGGUUGAUAAAAUCAGGCAUUGCACUAUAUACAUUCAUAAUAAUAUUAUACUUUCUAAGGCCAUAAUACAAUUGAAGGCUUUUUAAUUUCCACUGCGCAGUCCGAGUAUAAUAAUAUUAGAUAACAAAAAAUAAAAUUAAUAAUUAUUAAUAACAUUAUCUGUGUUGUUUAUAAUUAACCGGGAUUUAUAGAGACGAGAGAAUAACAAUGGAUUUGUGAUUAAUUAAAUAUAUUUAUCAUAUUAUGUUGAGCACUCGAAUUGGGUGGGAGGCGCAAGGGGACGAAAUACCUCAGUUAAUUUUUCAGAAAAUUUGACCGUACCUGAUAUUUUGUUAGAACUGAAACGCAUGCGACGCAGUGGUGGAUACAAAGGAGAAGCGACAAGGCGAUCGCUCCCCCACCCCCUUGGGCCUUGUUUUUUACGUUAUUCUUAUGUUCCUACAAUCGUUUGUACAUUACUUUAAAAUAAAAUCCGCCUCCCCAAGAAUAACUCCUAGAUCAACCACCAAUUGGACGGUAUAUAUUAUGCACUUUCAUUAAAAUUUGAACUUAAGCACUUAUAAAAAAAAUAAUAAUACGCUUAACUUAUUUUCUGCUAAUUGCAACUCAUUUGAUAAACCAUGUGUUAAAUUUUCCAGCAUUUUAACAGGGCCAAAACAAUUUUAAUCAUCAAAACCAAAUAAAUUCCUAAAAAUACCUUAACGAUUUCAAAUGGCUAUCAAUAAUUAAAAAAUUGCCAAAAUGUAUUGAAAAUUGUAACAUAUCUGAAAAGAGGUGUAUAUUAUAAUACUAUAUAUCUAAAUAAGUAUACAAUGAAGCUCCCGACCUAUACAAUUAUUUUUGACUAAAUAAACAAAAUGCAAUAUAAUAAAAACCGUUACUGUUUAAAUGUGACAGUUCAAAGUUUUUCCGAGAAUACUAAAAAGAAAAUUAAAAAAUAACUUUUUCAUUGCACCAACGAGAUAAAAAUGUUUACAAGAAACCGUCACCUCUAAAGUUAAUGUUCAGAGCAAAAUUAAUAGAAUAACAAUAAAAUCUAAAAUAAAUAUUAUCUAUUAUGCAAAAAAAUUAGCCUGCAGUAGUUGUUACUAAUGUUUCUUGUCGGAAGUUAAUAAAUACUGAAUUAUGUUCAAAAAUUGUUGCGAAGGGGUGUGAUAAACAAAGCCAUGUGUUAGGGGUCGAGUUCAAUAAUUGCAAGGGACAUUAAUAAAAUAAAUCUUAUAAGUCCGCUCUUCUUUUAUUUUUCCAAUUUAAGCAUUGCGUAUAUUUAUCAUAAUAUAAUUCAUAACAUAAACAAAUAUUUAAUGAGUUAAUCAAUACGAUUAGCCCUCUUGGACCUUAGUACAUAUUCCCAGAACACAAAAUUUAGCUGGCUGCCAAGUUUCAGAUUUACGCGUGAAGUCGGCUAACAGUGGUUUAAAUAAUUUGAACAUACCAAUAUGACCUGCAUAAUAAUGUAUGUUUAUGCACACAUACACCGGAAUAAUAACUGAAGGGUACAGGAAAAAACCCAGAAAAACCAAUUUUUUUCAAACUGAGAAAAACGUAUUUUUAAUUUAAAAACGUAACAAUUUUUUGUUUACAAGGUAAAAAGUUAGGAUUAAGUUUAAUGUUAAAAAACUUUAAAAUGUAGUAACCGCAACAUAAUAAUGUCAUGUUAUACUAUUAACCAAGGCUAUAGCCGUGUAUCAACCCAACUUACCUGGUUGUAUAUUGACUAUCUAUUUUUUUUUUCUUGUAUGCUUAAACUUCUGGUAUUCAUUACUUUCGACAAAUCUGUGUUUUUCACCAUUUCGGUCGCAUAACAAAUACGGCACGUCAGUACAAAUUAUUUGAUACCUAUGUAGCCAUUUUAGAAAAAAUGUGACUUUUCUGGUUUUUUCCCUGUACCCUUCAACUAUUCUCGUCAUUAAUCUUCUUUUUUUUUUCUUUUUUUACGUUAAAAUAAUGUCAUUAGAGUUAUGCGUUUUGUUUGAACCAAUAAUUGAUUUUAUAUAUUAUACCUACAUUAUUAUUACCUGUAUAUCCUAUUAUUUAUACAGAUUUCAAGAACUUAUCUAAAACAUCAACAUUCAAGGUAAACAUAUUUUGGGAGGCGUUCAAUAUUCCGCCAGCACAAUACUUAAAAUCACAACAUCUAUAAAUCCCAACAAGAAAAAAUCCCGACCGUUCGAAAUUCCAACAAUUUAACACGCUUGUCAAACAAAAUAAUUUUAUCGAAAAAAAAAAAAUCAUAUUUAUCAUUAAUUUAUUUACCUAGGAAAAUGUAUUAGCUACAAAAACAACGCAGACUUUUAACGACCUUUUGAUACUAAUAAAUAACACAAUAUGGGUGUUUUACAUGUCAUUUUAAUAAAUUCGGUGUACAGACGAGCUAAAACUUAAGAAAAAUUUUAACUGUCGGAAUUUUGACCCGGACUAACAAUAAUGUAUCACAUGAAAUAAAUGUAAUGUAUAAUAUAAUAAAUAUUAUUUGUAUAAAACUACAAUUGCGAUUAUAUUCAGGAUUAUGUAGUAUGCAUGCCCGUUUUCCCGGUGCACCCGACAAAAUCAAAUUAGUUAUAGGUACUUCUAGGAAAAAAUGAAUUUUACAUUAAAAUAAUAUGAUACUCUUUUCCAAAAAAAGAUAUCCGUCCUACAUAUCUUUACUGACAUUACUACAAGAAAAGUGAGCUAAUUCAUCGGAUAUUAAGACAUUGAUGAUUUUUUUAUGUGUUUGUCGUAGGUAAAUCGAAAAAAUAAACCCAACGUAUAACAGUGCAAGUCCUCAGUUCUCAGUACAAGUUCUCUUUUAAUAUGGUGAACAAUAUUAAUUUAGUCUAGAGUCUAGUCUAACUAAAAUCAUUAAUACUGUAUUACAAAUUGUAAUUAUUUCAGUAAAUAUAACUAAAAUAUUCAACAUUUUCUUACGAUUUAAAAUACUUUUUUUAGAUUCUGAGUGAAGCGAGGAAUGUUUUAUUAUGUCGCGUGUAAAUAACUUUUCUAUCAAAAAUUGUAUUUCAUUCGAUAACAUAUACAAGAACGUAAACAAGAAUUUUCUCCUAGCAUUUUUUAUCUAGUUGGUUUAUAGGGGAUGUCAUUUUUUGAUUUGCUUUGUAAUUUCCAUGAUAAAUCGGAAAAAAACGUAAAUUGUUGGUAUAAUUUUUGUCGAUUUCUGGAUUACCUGAGCAACAAGAAUAGUCAGACGAAUAACUAGUACGUUACGAGUAUUUUUUUUUUUAUAAUAUUCAUGUAUCCAUUUCCCUAUAAACGGAGUGAGUAAUUAAAAUGAUACAAAAUAAUUCAUGAAAUGCAGAGGAUUUGUUAUAGUACACUCCCAAACAAAUUGAUGGGAACCCAUGUAUCCAUGUAACAGUUUGUUUAUUAAAUACAAACUGUGCGAUCGUUAAUGGACUCUUAAAGACAAUAUCACACACUGCAUAAACAAUAUUAAUAUUACGGCCCAUAUUAUGAAACAUUUAUUACUAUUUAUGCAAUAUAAUAGAAUCCUCUAACGCGAGUAUACGCACAUACGCACAAAAGCACAGACACGAACACACACACCUCGCCUACACUCCCGGGAUUUACAUAAAUAACAUCAGUAGGUAUAAUUGCUAUUACUCUGGGAAUUGUAAUUUUUUAGAAGAAUCAAUGAACGAGAUAAGACACCAGGCCAUGAUAGAAUUACAGAAACUCGUAAUGGCUGCCGAAAACCGAAUGAUAGACCUGGUGGCCGCAGAGAGGACGAAAACGACCGGAAACCGGACAACGGGCACCGCAGCUAGCCUACAGAUAUCUCCGUCGUUGAUUUCCCAAUACAACGUAAGUCAGUCUGGCCAGGAAACCGCAGUAUAAAAGUCGAAAUUAAUUUAUGUAUAUAAUCUACUUAUACUAUAGGCCACAUGCCCGUGUUGUAAUUUAAUAUUUACGUAAGACAUACAUAAUGUUUUUCCAAAAAUUAAAUGCAAAAAUCAUACGUAGGUGCACAGUAUUUUUACGCAAACAAUUCAUAAGAAAAUUAACUAUACUGCUAAAGGGUGUGCCACUGUUGUAGGUGCGAAGUCGAUAAGGUAGGGUACAUAAAAAUAAUUUAAUUUAUAUCUUUACGCAACGAUAAACCAUUGCUAACGAAACACGAUUCUGAGCAAAGUUCGGUUAAACAUAUUGUGAAUAACGUGAUUUUUACGACUUUCGGUCAAAAUUUGAAUUCAAAUUAAUCAUAAAAAUAAAGAAUAUAUUGAGCUCGACUUUUUUUUUUUUUUACCACUGAAUACAAUUUAUGAUUAACAUCGCGUAAAAUUGUCAAACAAUCAAACUGCUCGGCCGAAACAAUGUUAUUCACAUAAAACCUUAACAAGUUUGCUUAUUUAACCACGUCUAUUAUUAUUAUAUCUAUAUUUAUAUAUUAGUAUCGUUCAAAAGCCUCAGAAUCUAAUGACCAAGUCGAGUAAUAAAUUAUUUAUUAAACGGAAUACAAAUAAUAUUAUAAAUGCGAUCAUUGUGUGUGAUUGUUAUCCAAAAAUGUAACCAACUAUUAUUGUAACUAGACCUACGGAAAACGGCUCUGUACGACAUGAUAUACGUAUGCAUCUAUACGUGGCGCUGAUAAAACCCAUCCUAUCUAUAAUUAUUUUUUUUUUUUCAAAUAGUAACUCCUAAGGGUUUUGACUUAGAGCCGCCGAUCUUGCGCAUUUAAAUAGGAUUGCCAACCUCUACCGCAGUAAUAAUAAUAAUUCGUUUUGACUUAUUCAACCCGUUUGCAAUCCUUAAGGGGUUGAAUUUCCAAAACGGCUUAUUAUUAUGAUGACGAAUCUGAACGACGGAAUUGCAUGAGCAAACAACGAACGAUUUUGGUUUUCGUACGUAAAACUGAACGGUAGGUAACUUUAGGAGAACAUAGAACAAAUGUUAUUAUCAAUAGAACGGCGGAUAUACAGCAGUUGAGAGGGGGGAGGGGAGCGCGCGAAUAUCCAAUCCGCGUAAAGCUAUGGGAUACAUAAUAAUUUCUUGAGUACGAGGGUUAAUCAAAACGUAUCGAGACUGAUAAUAUUACUCGGAAACCGAGCGUUGAAGAGCAAAACGAUUUGUAAACCUAGCUUCUAUGACUUAUACUGAGCACAUAUAUUCGUAUGAAAUCUCUAUAAACUUCUUCGUUUUGAUUUGACGAUAUUUUUCUAAAAUUCGUUUUUCACGUUUGGCUAUUUCGUAAUGAAUCCAAAAGAAGCGGAACUCGUUGCCACUCGAGGGCACAUUUUCAGUUUUUCAAUUGAUAUUUAAUGGCAAAAACCAUGAAACGUUGCAUCCCUCUGAAACUGGAAAAAAAUGCGGACAAAUUUUCUAAAAUCUCCAAAUCUGUCACUCUUCUUUUGGGUUUAUUUUGGGUUUACCGCCAAACUCGAAAAAUAUAUUUUACAAAAAUAUCAGUGAAAUCAAACCGAAGAAUUUUAUAGAGAAGCAAUAAAAACAAAUGUACUCAGAAAAAUUCAUAGAAGCAAGUGAUACCAAUCCUACUGCUCUUUGAUGCUCCUUUUCCGAAUGAUACUACCAGUAUUGAUACUUUUUGAUUAGCCCUCGUAUAUACAUAUAAUAUUCUUUAAUACUCUCGGUUGUGUGACGACGACCUGUUGUAUAUGUCUAAACCAAUAGGUAUACAGUGCGAUCAUUUUUCAGGUAACAUUGAAUAUUUCGACUGGAUGACAUUGUAUUUUUUAAUUCGAUUUUCGGGUGUUGAUUGCAAGAUGUACCAGUGGUGGUCAAAUGAUUUCGCCGUGAGGGAGUGGGAGGAUAAGGAUAAUUUUUAAGAACUAAUAAUAAUUAUUAUUAUUCAAUAGAAAUAAUAAUUGAGUAGUAAAUUUCUUUUGGAAAUAAUUUUGGGAUUAAUGAUGGUCAUUGCGGUCCUGUGCACUAAAAUAUUAAUUUAAAUUUUGUCAAUAGCAAUUAAUUUGUUAUUUUGUUAUUGUGUUAAUUUUAUUGCAAAUAUUACAACAAAUUAAAAAUUCAAAUAUUAUGGUUCAGCUGUUGUUUGGACUAGUUUGAAAUUAAAAAUUAAUCAUUUAUCAAAACUAAAAGAAAUCUGCCAAUCGGUCCUUAUGUGACAUAAUAAUGAAUUAUUCCAGCUGUAUUUUCAAUGUAAUUUUUUGAUUUCCACUCAAUACUAAUCAUUAGUAUAAUUUACACGAUAAAACGAUUAAUCGUGUUAAUAAUAAUAAUAACACGUUAAUAAAAUUACGGGUGUUUAUAGAAAGAAGGUUUUUUUCAUAAUUCGGCAUCACAGCAACCCUGCUUCUGUAACGCUAUGCCUUAUGACAGCGGUCACCAACCUUUUUAGUUUUGCGGACCAAUAAUUUUGUAAAAAAAAAAAAAAAAAACUUUGAGGCCCACUAAACUAAUAUAAGGGUAAAAAUAAAAACACCUAAUACAUACGUAUGACCAAUAUAUCAAUAUGAAAAAUAUUUAAAUUUAUAUGUCCUGACACGUACGUACGUAUGUACACAUAGUACAUACGUAACUAGGAAUACAUACAGUACAAGAAAAAUUAAAAAUAAUUUUUUAUAAAAAUAAAAUAGAAGUUUAUUAUUGUAUUCGAUCGCGGUUAAAGUUAUAUUACGAGCAAUGCAAUUUUUUACAUUGUUUUUCUCCCUGCACGAGGGUUUAGCUAAUGAGUUUAGCGCACCGUUUCCAUAAUCCAUGUCGAGCAUGAUGAAAUUAUACGAUAAAAGUAACAAAAAUAUUCUAGAAUACUAGAUAAUGGUAAACGACAAUCAAGAAAAUUGUACGAUAGCGACAAUUGUGUGAUUAUUACCAAAUCUCGAUCGAAAUAUUUAUAUUUUAUUAAUGUAUUUAUAUUCCUAUUAUGAUAAUGUAAAUAAUAUAAAAUUUACCGACCCUGGUACCACGUUGCCCGCGGUCCACGAGUUGGGAAUCACUGCCUUAUGGUGUAUCAACACGUUCACAAAAGAUAUGCAUUGUACAGGCGCUGGAACACCAAGAUCCAGCCCCCGAAACCAGUUUUGUUCUGUUUAAUAUUUUUAAAUAUUGUUUUCUCGUAAUAGUUCUAGAACCCCGCAGAGUUACGGUGCUUCUACUAUAUAAUUAUUAAUUUUUUUUUUUCAAUACAUUUUUAUUUUUUUAAAAAAAAAACCUUUUUUACAAAAUCCAAGAUAAAAAAAAAUAAUAAUAAUAAUAUUAUUUCGAAACGGAAUUCGGGUUCAACAAAUACGCGAUAGUGAAUAUUCUUAAAAAAAUCAAAUAAAACUCUCGGAUUCAAUGAAAACAAUUUGUUAAAAAGUCUUAACGAAAAAAAAGAAAACUAUACAAAUAUCGAAGACGACAAAGGGCGUCGGAUCUUCGGGUUACGUCCCGUAUGUCCCGUCCGCCCUCGGAUCGCAGAUCCCGCUUAUUAUCGUACUACAUAAACAUAACCCAUACUGACCGCCGGAUAGUGAGGGAUCGGGGGGGGGGGAUGGAUUAAAACACCGUAAAAUAUGGUAAUUUUUUUCUUUUCGAUAUUUGUUUAGUGCAGUUCCUUCCGGUACUCCCGCGUAAGGAAGUCGUGCACGGGUAUCGUCGGGAAAACCGAUGACGAGAAAUAUCUUUUCGGUCCGCGAGGGAUACGGCGGUAUAGGUAUACGUUUAAUAUUAUGUGCGUCCCCCCCCCCGCCUAUACCGAAACGUCCCAUAACCCAUUAACGCCGCGCCAGAACUCCGUAGCGCAAUAUUUAUCCCGGUCGAAACUUAAAACUUUGCGGCGGUACGCAGUUCUUCUAUUAUCGUGUACGGGCGCGCGAAUUCGCCCCGUCACUUUAGCGGGAAAGUUUUCUCGCGUGCGAGAGCCGCGAUAACUCCGCGCUCGGCCGCCGCCGUCUCUUUUUCUCUACCGCGCGUUUUCUCUUCCCGGGCGCGUUCGAUUUGAGAUCCGACGGAAUCCCGGGCGCGAGACAGACGACGUUGGGGGGGGNGGGGGGGGGGAGGGGAGAGAGAAAGAGCCGUUGGAUGGGGGGGGGCCCGUAUACGCGUUACAAGGUAUACGCCGCGCGUAUUUAAUAAUACCGUCGGUAUGCGGGGAGGUAGGUAAGUGCGCGUGCGUGCGUGCGUGCGUGGCGCGCGCGCCGACCAAAGGCGGUAUAAAGAGAGAAACCCCGUCAUCGCCGCCGGGAGAAAGAAAGACGGCGGAGGGGUGCGCGGGACGGGAGAUAAGAGAGCGAGGAGGGCGGCGGCCGCCGCGAAUAAGAGAGCGAGGCGCGGGAUAGCGGCUCCGGCGCUCGAGACUUUGACACGGAAAUGUCGUCGGAACUUUGCGCGCGUAUAUAGAAAAUUAAAUCGGUGCGGGCGGGCGGCGGCUGCUGCGGCGUUUUCCAUGAUGGCUUCUUCUUAAAACCUACCCGGCGACCCGGCGUCGCGGGGCGCGAGGGUGGAGCUCCGCCGAGUAUCUCGGGCAUUCUUAUUGGCCCGAAGGAUUGGCGCGCGCACGCACAGCCUCAGCCGCCGAGUUUUCCCGCUCCGAGUCGUCCGUGCCGCCCGCUCGCCGCGGAUCUGUACGACCGCGUACGGCGCCGGCGGGCGGGCGCGCUCGUGUUCCGGGCGUUUCGCGCGCGCGUUAAAUUAGAAUUUCCCCCGUCUUUCGGCUCUCUCUCUCUCUCUCUCUCACUCUCUCUCCCCCCCCCCUCUCGUCUUGACGCGGCGCGCCCGCACGUAUACGUAUACAUACGUAUAUAUAUGUAUAUAUAUUUACACACACACACACACACACACACACACACACACAUACACACAUAUAUACACAAUUUAAUAAUGCACGCUAAGACGCGCGGCUCGAAAGUAGACCCGCAGGGAUCCUUUGUUCCUACCGAAUAAUCUCGUAUAAUGUAUACGCACGUAUAUACGUAUAUAUCCACGGGUACCUUAUAUACUUAAUACAAAACCCGAAGACAUAUACACACCCCUGCGCGCGCGCGUAUAUAUAGUUAUAUAUACGUACACGUAUACCUACCCGUCGACGUUCGUCCUCCCCGCGCCCGCGCCGCGCCCGCCCGCCGUCACCGGUCCGGAACCCGGCAUGUCAAAGCCCCCGGCCGCCCCGCGAGUGUACCGCGGCCGCCCGCAACAUCGCGCUGGAAGAAAUCCGAGUCCUCCGCCGCCGCCGCCGCCGUCUAUGCGUCGUGUACACGUAUACGCGUCCCGGUAUAGCCGUGUACGCGUAA